CAGUGUAAUACCUGCUAAUUCCAGUCCCUGUAUGUUUAGAAGAAGAUCGAGUUAUUUCAAGAUAUUUGGGGAUUUGGACUGCCUUGUUAAAAUGGGGCCUAUUUUGGCCCUGUUUAUUUUCCUCCUGAUUCCACUGGAGAUUGCGGCACAAGGUGAGCAGGGGAGGGUGUGUUUGAAGGCAAGAGAUGAUAGUUCUGAGAUAUAGGAAAAAGACAUGGGGCAGUAGGAAAUUAUUUGUACAUUACUAAAAUCAAGAGACGUAGAUCAACGAAUCAGAAUUCUGGAGAAGGAUAUGUUUUGCUGCUUCUUUUAAAACAUCAAUGUGGCCUCAAACCUAAUUUUCCAUAUUUUCCUUUACUUUGAGCUCAUAUCCCUUCUGAUUACAUAAAAGGAAACAUAAAAGCAGCUAUUAGCACAGCUAUAUGUAUUUCUACUUCCUUGGGAUUUGAAGGGCCUGAGAACGGGGAAUGUUGGACCCUCGACAUUCUGUUCUGGUGUGCGUACACAGGAUAUAACAGAAAUGGUUCCGGAUUCCAAACGAUUAAAGGCUCUGAUGUUUCGCUGUCUUGUGAUUCACGGAAAGCAACACUUUAAUGAAAGUAACGCAUUCAUCAAUAAAUGUAUAGCUUUAGCAUCUUGGGGACAACUGUGACAAUUAACAUUUCCAAUUUUUAUUAGUGGCCUAAUAGUGUCUAAUGGAGGGGUGUUAAAUUACUCCUUUGUACUGUGAGUGGCCUCUAAAAAAAUAUUUUCUUACCUUCCCCUCUAAAUAUAAAUUCCUACGUGAUUGUAGGGAAGGAUCAUACAUAUCACACUAAAUGUAGCUUUCCAUGAAUAUCAGAAGCUAUUAUGACAGUUUUCACUGCUUGGUAAACUGUGCUCAUAGUUUUAGCAGAUCUCUAAUUAAUCAUAGGUUAGAUUAAAAAAAAUGUUUUUGACUAUUCACAAAAAAUUUGGCAAAUGGAAAAUUGCCUAUUUCAUUGAAAUUUGGCUUAUAGAACUGUGGUAAUUAUUUCAUGUAGUUAUUGUAUGUGAAUUGUUUAAACAAAUAUGUUAUACAAUAUAAGUAAUGGUCUCUUCUCAAACAUAGAGAGAAAGUCCAAUUGUAUACCUUACAGAUGUACAGCUCUUCCGUGGCUGUGUUGUGAUAAUUACUUGUAAUCUGUUGACUGAGGGAGGAACCGAUGAUCAUAUGUAGAAUAAAAGUAUAAUCCUUUUAGAAUUCUUCAUAUCAUGUACAGAAUGUAUGCUGUAGGGUAACAAGAUAUUCCCUUAACGGAUAAAGUAUGUAAUAAGCCAGACAACACAUGAUAGCAUUUACGUUAAUGCAGCCCUAUAAUAUACGGUUUCUAUAGACCUCCCACUUAAAAUGGACAUUUGGCCAUCCUACUAUACAAUUGUCCACAUAAGGUCCUAUAGAACUAUCUGUGACAUCUAUUCGGAAUCUUUGCAAAAGUCUGUAAAUAUGUAUUGUUUGUCUAUAUAUGUGCUAUUGUGUUUUAAAAGCAUCAAUGUGGUUAAUAAAAAAAAAAAAAAUACUAAAAUCGACAGACUAUCACAGAGCACCAAAAUUAAUUUCUGAGGACAGUCUGGAAAAUUGCAUUAAAAUUGACUAAUAUAAUAAAAAAAUAAGAGUUAUUGUAAGAGAAAAAUAAAUAAUAAAAAAUCAGCGUUUAAUUGUAGACUUACUACAGGUGUGAAAUAUUUUAAAUGUUGUAUUGGUAAGUUUAGCAUCACUUCUCUAGUUGUGAUGCUUUACUGAAUAUAGAAUAAUAUAUCAAAAUGUAGCAAAAAGGAAUUGUCACAUAAGGAUAUAGAUAUUACUGGGAUUCAAAAAUUUUAGUUACCAGUUCCGACUUUUCAUAUGUAAUGCACGCAGUCAUGCGCGAAGGCACUCACACACGCACGCACACACACAUGUACAUCAAUGCAGUCACACUUAUUUACUUUGGGGGCAAAAACACCCUGGGGGGAGGAUAAUGCUAUUAAUGUAUUAAAUGCAUAAACUUUGUAUUUCAAGUCAAUGUGCAGUAAAUGCAUACACUUUGUAUGUCAUGAGAAUGAACAGUAAUGAAUAAACCAUUUAUAUUAUGCCAGUGAGCAAUAAAUGCAUAAACUUGAUAAGUCAUGCCAAUUAACAUUACAUUCAUAAACUUGAUAAAUAAUGCCAAUUAUCAUUAAAUUAAUAAACUUGAUAAAUAAUGCCAAUUAACAUUAAAUGAGUAAACGUGGUAUAUCAUGCCAAAGAGCAGGAAAUUCAUCAAAUGUAUAUAUCCUGCCAAGGAGCCACAUGUGCCUCCAAAAAGUCUGCUAGUGCCAUGUAUCCCCAAAUAGCCUGCCAUUGCCAUCUCCCUGCCCCCAGCCACUCUGUCCCAUAUCUCUGCCACCAGCCUCUCUGCCAUUAGCCUCUCUGUGCCAUCUUUCUGCAUCCAGUGAGGGUGACAGUGUGUGUGGGAGGGAGACAGUGUGUGUGGGAGGGUGACAAUGUGUGGGAAUGGUGACAGUGUGAGGGCUGAUGGCAGUGUAUGUGUGAUGGUCACAGUCUGUGGGGGUGAUAGUGUGGGAGUGUAACAGUGUGUGUAGGAGGUGGUAGUGUGUGAGAGGCUGACAUCCCCGACAUCCAUCUAUAUCUUUCUCCCCCUUCCAUCAAUGUCUCUGUUUCACUCCCUUCCACCCAUGUCUCCCUCCCCCCUCCCCUCCAUGGCCCCCUACCGCUCUAACCCCUCCUUGUCCCCUCACCCCUUCUAUCCAUGCCCCCUUGCUCUCCAUAUACCCUACCAUUUCCAUCCAUGUCCCCUUACCAAUUCCAUCCAUGUUCCCCUCCUCUCCCAUUCAUGCUCUCCUCCUCUCCAUGUCCCCUUGCCCCUUCAAUCCAUGUCCCCCUCUAUGUCCCCUUACCAAUCCAAUCCAUGUCCCCCUUCUCAUUCCAUUCAUGUCCCCAUCCUCUCUAUGUCCCAUAUCCAUUCAAUCCAUGUCCCCUCUCUCUCUCUUUCUCUCUCCCUCCUUCCUCAAAUUGCAGGCAGCAUGUCACUCACAGAGCCUGCGCCCUAGGUGAAGGUAGCGCCGGCUCUGCUCAGUUCCUGAUACUUAAGUCUUGCCCCCCUCUAUAUUACCUGUAAUGGCAGGGUAUGGGUGCCUCUCCAUGUCCAGUGGAGCACUCUGCCUCCUUCACGCUGAGUGCGGGUAGUCACGUGACACCCGGCACUCCUACGCAGAGUGAAAACUUAUUUUUGCGCUCUCUGCGGUGGCUGGCUUCGCUAACUGUUCGGCGAACUUGUUAAAUGUCAGUAACAGGCUCACACAAACAGGUGCAAACUGGAUGAAUCUCACCACUGGAUUAGGUCUCAAUUUAAUUAUUUUGUAUAAGCUUUUCAAAUGAUCACAAUCUGUUAGAAAAUCUUUUCAACUUAUUAAUUUAUAAAAAUUCCCAUAGACUUUUAAAAUGAUUAAAUGUUUUGAAACAUAUUUUAAUAUAAUAGUUGGAUGUUUUUAUAUAAUGAUAUAUUUUAUGGCACAUUUUUGAUAUUUUAAUAUUUUGAGAAAUUAAUUUUAAAAGUGUAUCCAAAAUUAUUAAACCAUUUAAAAACCUUAUCCAAAAAUAUAUAUAGUGAUGUGGCAUGUUGUUAGUACAGGAACAUAGGGGUCAGGUAACCAAAUACUUUGUGAAGGCAUUGGUGGUGCCAUUGAUGUUAGCAGUGGUGAUGAUUUUGGUAGUCUCGGUGGUGGUUGCAGCAGCUGUGACAAUGUCUGCCACGUACUGAGGGGCUGAACAUCAUUGUCUUUGGAGAAGGAGAUUGAUGAAAAGUGCUGUGGCCUAUAUGGGAUAGUCUCUUCACUCAGAAGGGAAAGAACUGCCAUGUCAUGCUGCUCAUAGGAAGUCUAAACUGGUUCCACAGCCUCAUAUUCCUCUAAUUCUUCAUAUUUUUCCUUAUUCCCUUCUUUAUAAGUUCAUUUAAGACACAACACAACAAUUAAUUGAUAUAUCAUUAUACAAUGUGAGGUGUACUAUUUCAAAAAUGUUGGAAUAUCCCUCAUGUUACAUAAUUUCAUGGACUUCAGCAGGCCCCACUGCAGUGUCUAUGGUGCACUUCUGUCCUUACGCCACAUCACUGGAAAUCAGUCCCACGGAAGAUCUGUGGGAGUACUGAACAGACUUACUUGGCCCUCCACCUGUUCCUCUUGAAUAGCAUGCCUCCUGGCCCAUCCUUUGAUUCAUUUACGCCUUGCAAUUGUGAAAAUUAUUCUUUAUUCACUGGAUUACGAAGGGCACAGGUUGUGGUUCUACAGCUGCGAUGACCUAUCUAAAUAUGCCGCAAAUAUAGCCAUCUAGUCUUCACCAGUGUACCUCUCCUCUCUUUUUAUAUCUCUCACAAGAAAAGGCCUAACAAUUUUUUGUUUUCUCCUGUGAUACGGGACCAGGCUCACCUUCUUGGUAUUAUCCUAAAGCCUGUGACUGCACCCCAUUUCUUCCAUGCCGACUGGGUUCAGGUUUAGGUUGCCUCUAUUAUGGUAGAAGUUCCUACCUUUUCUAUCUAUACUGAUACCUACAUUAAAACUAUUUCCCAGCAAUAUCUACAUUGACACUGUCAGGAUCCCGCGGGCGGCUGCGAGGGGAGGCUGCACUCCGCUCGCGGUACUCACCCUCCAGCCAUCCGCGGUCCCCUCCUCCACGUGGGUCCGGCGAGCGGCAUCCUUCCAGCCUCGGAUGCCGCCCGCCGUUCCCUCCACUUACCCCAGCGGCAGCAUACAUGACGCUGCACGCUGGGAGACCGCCCAGGUUUAUACACGCCGGGGUCAGUCACCUGACCUGGCAUUAAAGGCACAGUGCCUUAAUCACAGUGGGAGGUCUAGAUAUCUCCCACGUGUGAUUGCUAAUUCUGAUUGGAAAUUAUCCAAUCAGAAUUAACCUUAUGGUUUAAAUACUUACCUUUCCUGUUCCUCCCUGCCCUGUUGUGGUCUUUGCUUUCUAGUAUUGCUGGUUACGUACUCUCUGGCUUGUUUAUCUGACUCUGUGACUUUCUCCUACCCUUUGACCUCGGCUUGUUUCACGUUAUUCUGUCUUCUGGUUCCCCUUACUCGGCUUGUCUCCUGACUAUUCUGUGUGUGCUUAGCCCGGCCACUCUAAGGUCCGGUACGGCACCUUUUGUGUGUGUGUGUGUGUGCCAGCGUGUUGGGUUCCCCGAAUCGUGACAGACACCUAUCUUACAAGUAAUUCCUAACCAAACUACUCGGACAAGAUUCCACUCUACUACAUUACCUAACAGAAGUAAUAGAAAAAAAGAACAGAAUGAGUUCGCCAUUUAUUCGCCUAAUAAUGCCCUCUAAAUAACUAUAUUGUCAUAUACUCUCAAAUACUUUUGGAACCAUAAUCCUAAUAGCAAAUUAUUUAAAGCAAUAUAAAAUGACCUUUGUGGUGGAGGUACUGAAACUGGUGUUGGUUGCGAUAAGUUCCUAAGAGAGAGAGAGAGAGAGAGAGACAGCAGUGGUUAGGGGCGUGAAAAGAUGACAGUUAUUGGAUUUGAAAUUGGGUAAUUUUAAACAUUAUCAAUGUAUAGUUACAUGUAAAUUAUAUAUGAAUGUGUAUGUUAACUGUAUGGAAUAUACAAAUAAUAGAGUUGUUUUUUUUUCUGUUAGACUGUAGAUUACAAGACGAGCAAGUAUCAGUUCUUGAAAAUAACCCAAUAAAUUACACUUUGACAAAUGUGACUACUAGCCCUGGUUUUGAAGUGGUUGUGCCUCCUGAUUUUUCUGAUUUAUUGGAAGUUGUGGAUUCCAAAUUAAUAUUGAAACCAAGUGUAGAUUAUGAGGUAAGUUAUGAAAUUAAAAAACACCAACUAAAUUAAGGUAACAGAGCACACAUAAGUAUUACUAUCAAUAAGGAACCUAUAAUAAAAGCACAUUAGCCUCAUAGUGCAACAUAUCAUAUUACGAUCUUUAACUUCCUGAUACAUAGUUACAUAACUGAAAAAAAAGACUUGCGUCCAUUAAGCUUAGCCUUUCUUACAUCUAUUUUUGCUGUUGAUCCAAAAGAAGGCAAAAAACCUAGUUUAAAGCGCUUUCUAAUUUUGCAACAAAAUAUGAAAAAAAUCCUUCUCAACCGCAGAUUGGCAGUCCGAUUUCUCCCAUGAUCAAUCAGCUAUUAUCCCACAAUUUAAAAAUGAUAUCCCUGAAUAUUAUGUUUUUUGCAAUUAUCAGUCCAGUUGCUGUUUAAACAUCUGUACAGACUCUGAUAAAACUGCCUCUUCAGGCAGAUAAUUCCACAUCCAUAUUGUUCUUAUUGUAAAGAACCCUUUCUUUUGCCUUAGACUAAAUCUCCUUUUUACUAAUCUAAAUGGGUGGCCUUGUGUCCUAUGUAUAAUCCUGUUUCUGAAUAGAUAUCUAGACAAUGGUUUCUAUUGGCCCAAAUAUAUUUGUAUAAUCCUAAUCCUGAACUUGAUGGACACAAGUCUAUUUUCAGCUAUGUAACUAUCAUAUCCCCUCUGAGGCAAGGUUUUUCUAAAUUAACAGUUACAAAAUGUGGUAACCUUUCUGAAUAACUAAAAUCUUCUAUGGCUUUUAUUAAUUUUGUAAACUGUUUCUGUACUUUUUCUAGUGACAUAAUAUCCUUCUUUAGAACAAGAAUGUAGAACGAUUUCUUUUAUUUUGAACACUAUCCUGUGAUGUGGAACCAUAUUGAAUGCCUUGGCAAAAUCAAGUAUUUCACAUACACUGCAACACAUUGAUCUACACUUCCACUUACUUCUUUGUAAAAUGCACUUAAGUUAGUUUGACAUGACUUAUGUUUCAUAAAAACAUGUUGAUUUUUGCUUAUAACAAUAUUCUUCCCAAUGAAUUACUGAAAAUUAUCACGCAAUAACCCUUCAAAUACUUUCCCAGCCACAGAUUUAAGCUCAUUUCCAGGCAAGGAUUUUAAACCCUUUUUGAAUACAGGAACCACAUCUGCCUUUCUCCAAUCCUCUGGUACAAUUCCUUAAAGAAAAGAACCCUGAAAUAUAUUAUACAGAGGUUUGCUUACUUCCACACUUGGUUCCUUAACCCCUUAAGACCGGAGGGCGUACUAUUACGCCCUAUUUUAGGCGGCUCUAAACGCCGCCGGGCGUAAUAGUACGCCCUCUGGUCUUUACUUACUGACCCGGUCGCCGGCGGUCCCACGCCGGUGAUCGCGGUGGGGGGGGACUCCCAGGGAGCCCCCCCGCGGCAGAUCCUCCUCCUCCGGUGCCCCCCGGCCAUGUGAGAGUGAGGUCCUUGCGAGGACCUCACAAUCACAUGGCCGGGAUAGCUGGCUGCAGCAUUGCCAGCAGGGGGACUGCCUGUAAUGACAGGUGGUCCCCCUGCUGGCUGAAAAUAAAAAUAAAAUAAAUUUUAAAAAUAUAUAUAUAUACUUAGAUCAUAUAUACACAUAUACAUACACACACUGUCUAGGUGUAUUUUACUAUUAAUGUAUAUAUAAUUAUAUAUAUAUAUUAAUAUCAAAUUACACGUAGACUGAUACUGAUUAAAUAUAUAUAUAAUUAUUGUUAUAUAUAUAUUUAUAUAUAAUAUAAAAAAAUGAAAUAUGUAAAUACAUUAAAUUUUGGGUCGAUCGAGUGAUCGGCUACAAAUUUGGAUUUCCGUGCCACGUGACAGAAUCUCAGAACAAACAAUGAGCACAAGCCUGAACAUGCCUGUUUUGAUUCGAAAUUCAGAGAUUGGAAUGAAGAGGGGGGGUUCAAUUAUGAAACCUGGUUUGUCAUGAAGGACAAAAGUUCUGCCCAAUCAUGUGGACUGUAUAUCCUGUUCAGUCAAUAGAUAUAAAUAAGAGAUGAAAAGAUGAGGAGGAAUAAAACAACCUGCAUUUCAAUACACAGGAUUAUUCUAGUGGAUUUUAUUCGUGCUGCACCUGUGUUGGAGUGAGAGACAGCCUGGGUGAUACUAAUGUGAGACUAGGUUUAGCUUGCAGCAGUAUCUACCUAACUAGCUACUGCCAAUUGAAAAUAACUUUGACUGGAAGAUAGGAGAUCUCUAUUGUGUAACUGAUCCUAGUGUGAGACUAGGUUUAAGUUACUGCUAUAUCUUUCUACCUACCUUGCAGACUGCAGGACUUUAAACAACUUUUAGAAGGAAAUAGGAGAAUGCCAAUGUGUCAUUGAUCCAAGCAUGAGAUUAAGUUACCAAUGUAUAUAUUUUUUGUUAACUGUUUGUAGAUUUGUAGAAAUAAUUUGUUUUGUUGGGUGGGAUGGGGCGGCUUGUUGAUCAGUAAAAAUUAAAAAAAAAAGUUCUACUUGCCUAGCUAUGUCAUAUUGGCACUCUCACAAACUUUGAGUGGAAUAUAGCCUACUUCAUUCAUCCUAGUCUGAGAUUUUGCGUUACGCAGUAUUCUACUGCUAGUCACUGACACAUUACACCCAAUUGGCAUCACCAAUUUAUAAAAUAUAUAUUUUUCUUUUGUUAAGUGUUUGUAGACAGAAAAAUCCAUGUAUUUAUUUUCUGUUUGCUGUGCAAGUGUAAAAGCACUGUGCCGUGUUUCUCGAAGUCAAAAAAUACAUUGGUAAAUUUAACAAGCACCAACCUAUUCUGCAACACAGACACCUAUUUUUGCUAGAUAAAAUUGUGUUAGUUUACACAAUACACAAUCAUUCAUAUCCCAAAUGUAUUGUAAAGAGAAAAACAAACCUACCAUCAUCAAUGCCACCUACUAAUGCCAAGACAAAUUGACGGAGGGUAGGUGUCCCCAGUCCACCAUCAACAGAAGUGCCAUAGCCUUUUAAAAGUUUGAGCACCUCUUUCUACUCGGUGGUGCUGACACCUCCAUCACCACCAUAAUUAGUAGUGUUAAGCCUCAGGAUAGUGGGAUUAGCCACAUGUCUGUUAGGACUGAUUCAACACCCAGAAGGCAAUUGAUUUUGUCUGACAGACAUAUUUGCACUUCGUGUCAGACACACACAUUGACUGACAGACACACAUACACUAGCUGACACACACUGACAGACAUACACAUUCACUGACAUAUGAAUAUGAGAUGCACACACUCUCAGUGACAGACACGCAUACACACUGACACCCACGGAAACACGCAUACAUAUACUGACAGACACACAUACACACACUCUCAGUGACAGAUACACACUGACAGACACACAUACACACUCACUGACAAACAUAUAUACACUCUCUGUGACAGACACACUCACUAACAGACACACACUAACAGGCACACACACGCGUACUCUCACUAACAGACACGCACACUCACACACACACACACACACACACACACACUGAGAUACACACUAACACACUCGCAUACACACUAACACAUUCACUAACAGACACACACUAACAGACACACACUCACCAACAUACACACGCACACUCACAAUUUAAAAUAAUUUAAAUUUAAGCCACCCAACCUCCCUACCUUUGGGAGUGCUGGAGUGGAUUCUUCCCUGUGGUCCAGUGGUACUGGCUGCAGCUCGGCUGGCGGUCCGGCAGAUGGGCGCAGAAUGUAAGCGGGCGAUGAGGGAGUUCUGAUCCUCCUGCUUAGCUCAGCCUCUUAGUGUUGCCGGGGCUGGAGUGAUGUCAUAUACCGGCUCCAGCAUAACUGCGGUGCGCUCGAGGGAGCUGAGGAGGAAAGAGCUCAGGAGAGAGUGCUCCCUCACAAGGCAUUUGCUAGGGUGUUUGGGUUUUUUUUUUUUUGCCACCCCCCUGAAAGUGCCGCCCAAGGCAAAUGCCUUGUCAGCCUCACGGUAGAUACACUGCUGGUCAUAGGCACCUUUUUCCUGUUAUUUUGGUUUCUUGAAUUCCUUACCAAAUGUUUUUCGGUACCAAAAUUCUGCAGAGCCAAAGACAAAAUGUUGAUGUCACAAAAAAAAGUUCAUGUGAUCUGAAUACCUGAACGUAGUCUUUAACACAACGGGGCUAAAGACUGAACAUUGAAAUCAGCAGCUAUGUUCUACAUCCGUAGCCAGCAUUACCAAUAGGAUAGAUAUACAAUGGUAUAUAUGCACUUUAGAAAGUAUUUUAUAUACACUAACCAAGUGAUCAAAUGUACAUACUGUAGAGUAGGCCCUGCAUUGAGAUGACAGCCUGAGGAAUUUGUUAUUGCACUCAUAUACUUGGAAUCAUGCAACCAGAUUGUUGAACAUCAUCUUUGUAUCGCAGACCAUGUGACAGUUGAGGGAAUGGCAGGAUUUUCUCAUCAUCCUGUGGAGCAAUAAUGGCAAUAUGUAAGCAAUCUAUUGACACUAUUGCAUUUUGAAGCACUCUAUUGGCCCCUUGAUCUAUAGGUUUAUUGGUUUCAUUUUCUUUUGGUGUGUGGGUGGAGGAACGGAUGAAUCUGGGGGGCAGACUUCAAUAAUGUCAGUUGGGAUACAACAAAAGUGAACCCUGCUAUUUGUCUGUAACUUGGAACCCAAACUCACAUAUUGACCUUUAACGUCAAGUAAGAGUCGAAGGAGCCAUUCUGUCAUGAUCUUGUUCAGGUCAGGGAUGAGACUGAAACUGGGGUUCAUUGCAGGGUCUUUAUGUGCUUUCUUUGACAUUCUUGUAAGAACAGGAUAUCCUAUUAUUGUAGUUAUAGGAAUGAAAGAUAGUGAACAGAACAGAAUGUCCGAAUGUACACGGAAGUAAGUAGCCAAAGUAAUAAAGGAUUUAGACUGCAAGCCCAAAGUGGAAAUAAGGUAAACCUAUAAAAGAAGUUAUAGGAGGGAAAUUGGGGAUAAACCUAUAAGAGAGAUUAUAGGUACAAUAUAAAAGGGAUAAUAGGAAACAGGAUUUAGACCAUAUGCCCCAGAACAAGAAACAAAAAUAACUAAACAGAACUCGACAGAAAUAUAAUAAAUACUUAAAUAGGAUUGUAGUUGUUCAGUCUCUUUGAAUAAGAUAAAUAUAUAUAGAUAAUGGAAGUGCACUCAGCCCUUCAACAUGGAAUCCGGGGUGCUCCAAUGGACAAGUCCCAGUACCAGAAUGGACCAAAUGUAGAAUAGUUCAAUAUAGAAAAUAAUCCAGGCACUCCAACGAAUUCCAAAAUAAAGGCAAUUUUAUUAGAGCCAGGAGCUACACAGCAACGUUUCGACCCCUUAGGGCCUUUUUCAAGCUUGACAAAGGCCCUAAGGGGUCGAAAUGUUGCUGUAUAGCUCCUGGUUCUAAUAAAAUUGCCUUUAUUUUGGAAUUCGUUGGAGUGCCUGGAUUAUUUUCUCUUUGAAUAGGAUGUCAUAUUGUAGUAGCAGGUCCUGUUUGAUAGAUAAAAAUAUAGUGUGGAAUAUAAGUAAAUCCGAGUAAAUAGAUAGCCACAAAGUAAAAUAAAGUCCAGUGUUGGAUGUUCAGCUGGAAUAUAGGGAGUUCAGGAUGGUUUGCUGCAGGUUUGUAGAUAAGGCAAGAAUGAAGAGUUGUACAGGUAAGUUUGGAGCAGGUUGGUGAGUAUAGCAGGUUAUGAAGCCAAUAAGGAAAAUCCUGGCUCAGGAGCCAGGAUAUGAAGUAUUUUUAGGCAAUCAACUUCAAUGUCAAGGCAAAGUGGUGAAUUGGGAGUUACCUUUUUUGGAACCCAAAUUAGUCCAGGCAGGUGAGCAUGAUAAGAUGAGUGGUCAAACUAGAGGCAAGGGAGGCCACUAGUGGUAAAACAAAAUCAAUGUAGAAACUUGUUUUUUUAAAGGAACAGGAUAUACAGAACAAAAGUCUUGCUUGUAAGGAUAGGAUCCUGACACAUUCUAACAGGGUCGAAUUAAUCCUUAAUGAGGUUAUAUAUGUGUAGGGAGACAUUGUGAAUAUGAGGAGAUGGAAAUCAAAGGAAAGCACGAUAAACAAUUAAAGGAACACAAUAACAAAAACAAGUUUAGCUCAAUGAAGCAGUUUUGGUGUACAUAUCAUACCCCUACAGCCUCACUGCUCAAUUCACUGCCAUUUAGGAGUGAAAUCACUUUGUUUAUGCUGCCCUAGCCACACCUCCCUGCAGGUGACUUGCACAGUCUUUCCAAACACUUCCUGUAAAAAGAGAAUAAACUUUAUGUUUAUUUAUUGAUGUUUAAACUUUAUUGCACCAUCUGUUUAAUUUAGAAUUUAUUAUCUCUUGCUCUGUUCAUAGAUUUGUAGACCCCGCAGGGGCCUCCUGUAUAAGUCUAAAGUUCAAUUAACAGAGCAGACGAUAAAAACUUCUAAAGUAAGUUAACAUCUGAUUAAAAAUUAAGCUUUCUUUUCAUGCAUACAGUGUGAGUCACAGCCAGGGGAAGUGUGACUAGCACUGCAUGGACAGAAACAAAUGUGAUUUAGCUCCUAGAUGGAGACGUGAUCUAUUCACAAAAAACUGCUUCAUUAAGCCAAAGUUGUUUUGGUGAUUAUAGUGUGCCUUUAACACAGAUAUAUUUCCUUCUGGCAUAGCUUACAUAUGUCAGCUAGUACAUAUCUUUUUGACAUACAUUUUUAGCAAUGCCAGUUAUUCUCUUUCUAAUGGGUUCUUGUACAUUAAUCCGUAUGCAUAUAUACUAUUUUCAAAUUAAUGUGCAGGGACUUUAGAUAACGAAUAAAUGCAUUUCAUUAAUAUUUAGCACUAAAUAACCUAAUAAAUAAUAAAUUAACUUAAACAGUAAUGGGUUGUGGGACAUAAAAUAUUUAAUAGAUUAUGUAUCUCGAGCAAGGCAUCUCAAACUUGAAUGCAAGUUUCAUUUUCCAAAAAAUAUUAAAGUAAAACUGUUUCAAAGUCUCUGAACCGCUUGUUGAUGUUAAUGUCCACUGAAUUGUCAAAACUGAUUUUAUAUAUCUUAUUUAAAUAUUUAUUUAUAUUUACUUUCCCACAGAUGAAUCUGACUUUUAUAAUUCUACUGCAGUGUGUGAACAAUGGAGGAAUUGUAAGUAAAACCACUGUUUUUUUAAUUUUAGUUUAACUUUUUGAAAGAUUUGUUAAGCUAUAGGUCAUUGAUAAGAGCAAAACCUCAAAAAUGUUGAAAAUAUUCAUUUCAUAAAAGGCUAGUGGUAGCAAACCAAUUAUACAACCAAUAAACAGUAGCUUAUAAAACCUCAGCUUGACAUGCAUUCUGCUUGCGUUAGUAAAUAUAGUCAGUCGAUGUGCUGGAGAGUCAUCAGUACUGUACUCCGACUGAGUACCUCCGCCCAGUCCGCUUCCUAGCCACUUGCUGCGACCCAUGAGCGCUUCAGCCCCAGUUGCUGAAGCUUGACUGAGGUCUCUUUGGAGUGGUUUCCUUCCAGGCAGGCAUUGCCCCAUCUGCAUAUUCCUCUGGAGCUCUUUCCGUCCUGGCAGAUAUUGUCUCCUCUGCAUCUUUCCCUCCAGGCAGGUAUGAACCUCUGCCUACAAUGUGAUAGUUCUUGUCUUUAUAAAGACACUUGCGACUGUUAGGCCUAAUUCUCUUUGAUUUGCCCCUGGACUAGAGGGGUCGUGCAGACAACCAACAGGUCUGAAGACUCUGUUACUAAGAACCCUAAAAAUCUACACAGGACACACAGUUCCGAAAGGAACUAACAUACGCAUGUUUAUUUUUGCUCAGGACUAGCCCAUAUGCUUGUUACAUCUAGAUUGCUGGGACAACGUCAAUAAAAUAACCAAAUCAUAUCAGGCAACAUACAAGAACUUAUAAUAACUUAAUAACAUAUUUAUAAAGUUUUAGUGGAAACAAUAAUUAGCACUCUCUCCUGCCUGCAGUAUUAGCAAUAUGAAUAUCUACCUAAAUAUGCAAAUUAACAAGACUUGCUAUUCAGGUAGUGAAUAUACCUGCUACCAACAGAGGGUGCUGUAAAGGCUCCACAGCAAAAUCCACCUUGUUGGCAUCAAGUAUCAGCAGGACAGGAGAGCACACAAUACAUUUAACCACAACCAAUUAUAUUAUACACACCCUGCACCUAUAAUGGGCACCGGGUGACUAAAACAUAAGAAUAAUUCAGGAACCUAUGUCCUUUCUGCUCCCAGUGAUAGUUCCUUGGUGUGGUAGUGACUUAUCUCUUAACUGUUAGAAUGUGUCUAUAAGGAGAGUAUUUACAUUGUUACAACAUAAAUGAGAGAAUUCGUGGAAGCAGAGUUUUUAACUCUCUAGUUUAUGUAGCCAAUCCAAAAACCACUGAAAAGGGGGGAUUAUGUUGUGAAACAAAUAUCUUUAUUUAAACAUUUCAAAUCAUUGUUGAGUCCGUAAAGUCAAGAUGUAAGUUAAUAAUUCUUCACUGAGUGUCCCAGGUUGGGUAUUAAACAUAACAGGAUUUUUGCUCCUAACAAAGACUAGGGAAAAAAAGACUGUCUCUGUUUCAGGAGCAUGGUAGUAUCAACAUCACAAGUAACCAUAGACACAUAAUUCUCAAGCACCCCCUUAUUUCCCACUUCCCCACUAAUUUUUAUUUUUAUUUUUUUUAAACCUAGACGAGUGUAACAGAGAGCUAUUAAAGUAGGUCGGUGUCACCAGUCAGUAGGUGCGGUGAUGUCUCUACACUCUAAAAUCUGAAUCUAGCUUGGGUACCAAAGAUUCUUCUGAAUGCAAUACUGGACUUUAAUCUCUUACGUGAUUAUUCACGAAUUUAAAGUAAAGUAAAUUCAUAGUGAAUUUCAAAUUUAAAGGGACACUAUAGUCACCAAAACAACUUUAGCUUAAUGAAGGAGUUUUGGUGUAUGGACCAUGCCCCUACAGUCUCACUGCUCAAUUCCAUUUAGGAAAUCACUUUGUUUAUGCAGCUAGUCACGCCUCACUGCAUGUGACACAGCUUUCCUAGACACUUCCUAAAAAGUGAGAACUAAUGUUUAAACAUUCUUUAUUGCACAGUCUGUUUAAUUUAAAAUGUCAUAUUUCCAGCACUGUUAAUAGCAUAGUAGACCUUGCAGAAGCCCCCUGAGUGUGAUUAAAAUGCAGUAAACAAAGCAGGAGAUAAAAACAUCUAAAGUAAGUUACCAUCUGAUUGAAAAAGAAGUCACAGCCAGUGGAGGUGUGGCCAGGGGUGUGUGGACAGAAGCAAAAGUUAUUUAACUCCUAAAUUGCAGAAACUUAAGCAGUCAGGCUUCAGAUGUAUGAUCUAUACACUAAAACUGCUUCAUUAAGUUAAAAUUCUUCUGGUGACUAGCUGAAUUGGAAGUAUAGCUAAAUAAGAUAAUAUUUUCAGUUCAGCUAUUUUGACCUUACAUUUUAAAUUCACUUUGAAUUCUCACUUUAGUGAAUAAACCUGUUAUUUUGUAGAAUUAGUACCAAUUAGAGGUAUGUUUUUCAAACUGGACAUAUUUCUCAAACAGAAUUGUAACUAGAUGAUGUAGAUGAUGAUGAUGAUCUAAGACAUGGGUGCCCAAAUGGUAGAUCUCCAGAUAUUUUAAAACUACAGUUCCCAUGAUGCUUUGUCAUUCGAAAGGCAGUCUAGAUGCAUGCAAAGCAUCAUGGGAGUUGUAGUAUUUCAACAUCUGGGGAUCUACCUAUUAGGCACCCCUGAUCUGGGAUUUCUUGUGAUGCAGUGUCUCAAUCUUGGAUACAUCAAUGGUAGGAAAUACAGAAACAUUGAUCUAAUUCUCAAUUUAUUUAUUUAUCAGUGUAAGCCAUCCCAAACUAUUAAAAAAUCAUUUGAAAUGUUCAUCCCAAAAUAUUAACUUGAGGCCUGAGAAAUGUUAAAGUAACUGUUAUGGUUUUUUUUUUUUUUUUGUUAACCCUUUAGGUUCGUGUCAUGACUUUUGUUAUCAUUGUAGUUAAUGUGAAUGAUAAUCCACCAGUGUUCUCACAUUCAAGCUAUAAUUUUACCGUUCCUGAGGUGAGUUACAAAAUGUGUUCAAUUCAAUAAUUACAUGUCUUAUAAUCAGCUUGAUUUAUUGGUUCAAGUAAAAACGAGUACAAGCAAGAUAGAAAUACGCUUCUACUUCUUUUAAAAGACCCAUGAGAUUUGCUAGACUGGCUCGUGAUGUCAGAUAGUAGAGUAAAUGUACAGGUCCAGAGUAAUAAUUUUACUGGUGCAAAGUCUUCAUUGUUGCAAAGAUAUUAGAUAUUCCAAACCAGCUUUGUGUUCAUCAAAGUAAACUGACAAUUCUCUACGUUACCAACAGCGAGAUUAAAAAGUAGUAGCGGCUGGCUUUUUAGUAUCAUCUGCUGGUAACUUCCUGUCGCUUUGUGUGAAUUUGGUAGAAAUGAAACUACUACUACUUGCUAAAUGUAGCAACGGGUAGUUUGGCAAGAAGAGGUUACAAUUAUAAUUAUUUAUAUAGUGCCAACGUAUUCUGCAGCGCUGUACCACGGAAAACAAGACAAACAUGUAUUUCUGACAAAACAUGUAUGAAGGGAACACUAGAUGAAGUGGGCCCUGCCAAACAAGCUCACAAUCACAACAAAGGCUGGGAGGUACAAAGCAAUAAUAAUUAUGGAGAUUAGCCAGUCCUACAACUGCCCUAAAUUUCUGGUGUACCCAGUGGUGUAUCCUGGUUUUGUGCUGCCCUAGGCAGGACAAAACUCAGACGCCCCCCUGCCCCCGCGCCACCCCCACCCAACCCUUCCCCCCCACCCCACCUUCUAAAUACACACACACAGUCAGACACACAAACACACACACAGUCAGACACAAACACACACACAGUCAGACACAUACACACAAACACAGUCAGACACAAACAGAGACACAAACACAGUCAGACACAAACACACACACACAGUCAGACACAAACACACACAGUCAGACACAAACACACACACACACACUCAGACACAAACACACACACACACAGUCAGACACAAACACACACACACAGUCAGACACAAACACAUACACACAGUCAGACACAUACACACACACAGUCAGACACAAACAUACACAGUCAGACACAUACACAGACACAAACACAGUCAGACACAAACACACACAGUCAGACAUAUACACAAACACAGUCAGACACAAACACACGCAGUCAGACACAAACACACACACACACAGUCAGACACAAACACACACACAGUCAGACACACACACAAUCACUCACAUUAACUUUUUUUUAAUUUAAACCCCCCCCCAACCUCCUUACCUUUGGGAGUGCUGGGGGGGUCUCUCUCUCCCUGGUGGUCCAGUGGCUGCUGGUCGGGCUGGGCGGCGCUGGCUGCUGUGCGGGCGGCUGGCGAGGGAGCACUUCCUCUGAGCGGUUUGCUCAGCUCCCUUGCGCACCGCAGAGUGAGGCUGGGAGCCGGAAGAUGACGUCAUAUUCCGGCUCCCAGCCUCACUCUGCGGCGCGCGAGGGAGCUGAGCAGACCGCUCAGAGGAAGUGCUCCCUCACUAGCCACCCGCCCGCGAGGCUAACAAGGCAUUUGCCCUGGGCAUUUGGGGGGCGGCGUUUUUUGCCGCCCCCUGAAAAAUGCCGCCCAAGGCAAAUGCCUUGUUUACCUCGCGGCUAAUACGUCCCUGGGUGUACCUGUUUUCAAUUAACAUUUGUCAGUUUCUUAGUUUAUCUAGUUAAUAAUAUCAUUCCCUGGCACUAUUCCUUUGUUUCUCUGUGGGAGGUUUUCAAUUUGUUUGGAUUGCUCUAAGCCAGUGUAGCUGAUCAGAUGCGAACACUAGCAAAUGUCGUUUUAGCGUACCAUUGACCCAACUGAAUAAUACUAUCCUCUAAUAAAUUGAGGGGUAAAUGUGUGUUUGUAUAUAGAUAUGUACUCUUUGAAUGUACUCUCCUCUUGAAGCCAAUUACUGGUCCUCCAGGUAUUACUAUAAUGUCUUGGCUAAAUGGAGUAACAUUUUUCUUCAAUCCCAUCCCCAUUGCUCUCACCCCUAUACCAAUUCUCCACCUAGAUGAUAUCGUUUGGGUCAUUGCCGCUCACUUUUGGGUAAAUUUUAGGCAGAGAAAUUGUGGUUGCACAUACACAAGUGUUCAAGGCAUAAAAAAGUACAUGUAAUAAUAUUAUCGAUUAUUUUACGUUACAUAAGGGUAGUUAUGUAUCUUUAGGCAGUGUGCUAAAUUCUAUUCAUUCAUAGAAAAUGUUAUUGCCAGAUUACAUGGUAUGCUCAAAUCUGUGGGGAUAUUUAGGAGGUGAUAUGUAUUUAAAAUUACUAUUACAAAAAAUAAAUAGUCUGGAAUGCAGGACAGUCCCUUACAGUUUAGCAGUAGUGUAUCAUUAUAUUUUUUGUUGUCCAUCGUGCUGGGAAGCCUUCAAACUGGCACACAUGUACACCAGGAUAACAUUCCCCUUUUGUGGCUGUGCCUAUCAUCAUUGAUACUCAUUAUGUUACUAGCAUACCAGUACCUCUCAUCAAUGCCCCCUCUGUCCAAGAUCCAUAUGUGUCAGUGUUGAUAUGUCAUCCCCAACCUCACAAACCUUAAGAGUUAUUUACAAAAAAAUAAUUACAUGAAUAUGUUGAAAUGAAAGUACAUGUCUUAAAAGCUCCUCAAUCAAUAAUCACUUUUAACUAAAACAUUUUCAAACACUAAUCAGAUUAGAGAUACUAUCAACAAAUUAGGAACUGCCUCUGAAGCAAGAUUAUAAGUACUAACUACUAUGACACUAACGAAUUUUACAAGAAAACACAGACAUUAACGCCCUACAGCCUGCAUGUAAACACAUUUGUAUUGAUUAUUCACUGAUCAGCCACAAUAUUAAAACCCAUGACAGGUGAAAUGAAUAACAUUAUUAUAUUGUUACAAUGGCACCUGUCAAGGGGGGGAAUAUAUUAGGCAGUAAGUGAACAGUCAGUUCUUGAACUUAAUGUGUUUGAAGCAUGAAAAAUGGACAAGUGAAAAGAUCUGAGUGACUUUGACAAGGGCAAAAUAGUGAUGGCUAGAAGACUGGGUCGGGGAUGGGGGGGGAGGGGAGAUUUAAAAAAUAUUUUUAAAUUUAUAAUUAAUUUAAAAAAAAUAUUUUUAUACAUAUUAUAUUUGUUGUAUUAUUCCAUUGUUCCCUUCUCAUCCCCCUCCCUAGCCCCCACACUUCAGGCCCAAACAUAGUCACACACAAGGCACCCUUCACAAAAAUUGGAUUCCCUAUAGACACAUUGCAAACCACAUAACAUCCCUGACACAUACAGUACAUCCAUGGCACACAGAACAUCCAUAACACAAACAGAACACCCCUGGCACAUAAGGUACAUCUGAUAUACACACUAUGGAUCCUUUAUGCACACAAUAAGACUAGGGACUAAUGAAAGUAUUUAGAAAAUUGGGCAGACUAGAUGGGCCGAAUGGUUCUUAUCUGCCGUCACAUUCUAUGUUUCUAUGUUUCUAUACACACAUUCACUCACUCUUUACAGCCCCUACACUACAUGCACUAUGCACACACUUGCUACACCCCCCAUACACACACUAGAGCACAUAUGCUCCCUCUAUAGCCGAAAGACACACACACUACAGCACUUUGUCACACAAUACAACUGUAACCAACUUAUUUACACAAAACACAACAAAAAAGGGCUCACUCUACACAUAUGCAAUGCCACAAUUAGUCACCAAAUGCAUGCAGGUCUUGUGGAGUCUAUGCCUUGAUGCAUCAGAGUUGUUUUGGUAGCACAAGGUGGACAUACAUGAUAUUAGGCAGGUGGUUUUACUGUUGUGGCUUCUAUGUUGGCUUAUAUAUUUUCUGCUCUGUUCAUUCAGCACUCCUAGAAUAUGGCAUUAACAAUUUUUCACUAACAGGUCAUUAUUGAUUGAGGUGGUGUUCCUGUCCCAAUUUCAUCACAAAUAUUGCACUUGUGCAUUAAAUCAUGAAAAAGUAUUUAUUAAAGGCAAACUCUAGACACCUUAACCAUUUCAGCGUAUUAAAGUUGAUCUGGCACCAGGGAUACUAUUCGUGCAGUCUUUCCUGGAAGGACCAAAAAAAAUUGAAAAUGACCAAAUUGACCAAUGGGCAAACUUUGACCGCAAUGGCAAUUCUCUUAUUUACUGAAUGCAGUUGGAAUUCUGUCAUCCAGAGCGAAUCUGCAUUGAUCACCAGGAUGCAUUCAGUGUCUGGAUUAAAAUCAGUGCUUACGCAUCUGACUCCUAUACAAAGUAUUGAAUUUAAAAAAAUCACUAAGCAGUGGUUUACUUUAAAUUUGGAACCAAAUUCAUCCAGCUUUUUGGAAAGUGAAUGAUAAUUUGAAGCACAAUUUCCCUGCUGGCAGCAUUAGCCCUAGUUAAAAACCAUUGGCAGUGCGAGUGUUAAGCGUGUGGUGGAAGGUCAGAGCUUGCUAGCUUGCUGCCACAUUAAAAAAGUUAAAUAAAUAAAUAAAAACCCUAUGUGGAUCAAUAAGACCCUCAUAGUACUAUAAUGGAGGUUUAAAAUCUCCCUAUGUUCCUACAUGCCAUGCAGCAGUUGGAAGCGUAUCUACUAAAUGUUUAAAACUAGUGACUAGGUAUCUCAUGGGGAUGGGACCUGUUAAAUAACAGGGGGGAACCAUAGCUCCCUCCGUGCCUCCAACUGUGGGCAUCAGGUGGUGGACUUUAAACUAAAUACUUGGGAGUGGACAGCUCGCUGCCCAGACCCCUGUUCCAAUCCGUGGCCAAUUGGUGGGUGCUAUUUAAAGCCCUAAUUUUAAUAUUAAGGGGGAGGAUUUAGUGUCCUUCCCUCAUGGAAUAUCUGAGAUGGUUGUGGUUACAAAAGGGUGCAGCAAUCCUAUGCCCAUUGGCUGUCAAGGGCUUAAUCAUAUCUGCAAUCCAAUGGGCAGCAGAGCAGUAGCAAUAAUCUGGUACAUCAAGAGGAGGAUUCUCGUUACCCCAAUUCAAUAAAGUAUACUGUACCUAUGGCUGCUUUCUAGAAUUGUCAUUGCACCAUAAGGUCAUGGUGAGGCACAACUAGUCUUUCUUUCAAUGUAAAAAUAUUAUGAAACACAUUUAAUUGUAAUUCUAUUCCAGGAUCUUAAAGUGAAUGCUUCCAUUGGUCCAAGAAUUGAAGCGACAGACCUAGACAAUGAGCCCUUGUCAUAUGAGCUAAAAGAAAUGGAUAUGGUGAGAUAAUUAAACUGCAAUGUGUUACUGCCAAUCCCAUUCAUAUAUCAAUUAAGGCAAGUUAGUCCAGCUUAAUAUUAACAUUUAAACCAGCACUCUUCAAUAGAAUUCAGUUGGUGAGACUGUGUGAAAGCAUGAAGUGAAGGUAUAAAAUGUUUAUGGUAUUUUUUGUUUACUGUAUUAUUAUUAUUUUUAAUAUUAUCCAUUAAAAGGAGCAUGCGUUCCAGGCAUGCAAUCCACUGCAACUCUGUCAGAGAUAUCAUAAAAUAAAUGUAUUUCCCUAUUUAUUUUAGGGGAUAAAAUCAGUAAUCCAGGAUCAAAUCAGAAGCCACACGACGCUGUUGCGGAGCAUCUGAAUCUGCAUGUCUGUCUUGCACCUUCUCCCAGAACGUCGCUCUGCUGCUGGGGAGAUAGGCCAACUACCUUCUAUUCCUGGAGCUCCUUUUGCUGCUGAGCAGGGAUUCUGACAACCUUCUCUCCCAGGUGCAUGGACUGCCACUUGGGAGAGAAGCCGACUAACUCCUCACGCUGGACCUAAGUCUGCAGUGGGAGAGAGAUGCGGUUUGCACCCUCUCCCUGAAUCUUGUUCUGCAACUCGGUAGGAUGGCCAACAUCCUCCUGUCCCUGGAGGUCAAUCUGUCCCUGGGGAGAGAGGCCGACUACCUUCUCUUCCUAAGGCUCACUCUGCCACUGGGGGAGGGAUGCCACCUGCACCCUCUUCCUAAAUCUUGCUCUGUGACUGGGAAGAGAGGCCAUCUACCUGCUCUCCCUGGAGCUUAAUCUGUUGCAAGGGAAGCUAUGAUGACUGUAUCCUCUUCCUGAACCUUGCUGUGCUGCUAUUGGGAAGGGAGAUGGACUACCUCCUCUCCCUGGAGUUCUUUCUGCUGCUGGGACCUCUCCCCAGAGCUCUUCCUGCUGCUAGGAGAGAUGUCUCCUUUACCCUUUCCCUGGAACUCUUUUUGCUGCUGGGAAGAGAGGCUGGCAAUCUCCUCUGCUUGUAGCCCAAUCUGCCACUGGGGAAAGAGGCUUACUACUUUCUCUUCCUGGCACUCACUCUGCUGCUGAGGAUGGAUGCUGCUUACCACCUCAUCCUGAAACUUGCUCUGCCGCUGUGGAGAGACACAGACUACCUUCUCAUUCUGAAUCUCGUUCUGCCAGUAGCCUCUUGCACCCUUACCUGAAUUCCUUUGCACUCUCCAACCAUUAUUCCUCAGCCGUGACUUCCUCCAGUUCAUGUAAAAUAGAUUAAUGAAUGCGAUAUGUCAUCCCAUUCACAAAGGUUGCCGCAUCUCUGAGUAAAAAAUAAAAAAAUUUAAAUUGUAAUUUAUUUAUUUUUUGCAAGAAAAUGGGGAAUGUUCCAGUUGGGAUUCAGAUUUUGGAAAUUAUGCAAUGAGAUGUAACCCUGGUGCUGGACUUUUUCCAAUGUUAAAUGACAAGUCCCAAAAGAUAAACAAUAGUCCACACAAACAUGGGUAAUCCUCAAAUGAGUCACAGAAAAAAACGGAAAUAUGAAAAAAAAAGUGCACUUUUAUUAGUAAAAAAAUAUAUAUAUGUAGACUAUAAGAACAUGGUAUCAAACUGUCAGCCCUCAUACUUAAUGCAGACUGUACAUGUAUGACAUAUCAUACAAACUACAUGGUGUGUUGAAGUGCCAUAGGUUUUCAAGUAUAAGCAGCAAAAAAAAAAAAAAAAAAAUAAUAUAUAUAUUCAGCACCCCUUGGCACAAACAUUUAAAAUACUGCAGGAGAAUGCUGAAUAUCAGAGGCGCUUCACCAGAAUCUGGAUUAUUAGGUGGCUGCUCACCUAGAAGGGGUACAGGGGGUCUCUGGGAACUGUGUUAUGAACAUAAACCACUUUUAAUAUGAAGAAAACAAGGUAUACUGUCAAAGAGUUUAUAGUCAGCAAGGCUGGCCUCCAAGCCUCUCCUCAAGCCCCAGUAACGGGGUCUUCCAUCACACACGGUCCACAUUGCUAGCACUCAUGAGUCAUCAAAGGGGUGAUCUACCAAAUAAAAACUGGAUCAUGCAAUCAUGGAUGCAAGACCUCACUCUCACUUUGCUCUUCCCUAUUCUAACUAUAUCUUGGUACAGAAACCUUUAGAUGUAGGAUUAGGCCCCUGGGAGCCAGAUGAGAAGACACAGAAAUGCAACAGCACUCAAUUGAUUCAAAGGGAUAAAUGUGAGAAAAUCUAUUUGUAUUUUAUGUGCUUAACCCUGUUUUCUACCAGUGACUUUGAGCUUUCAAGUUCAGCCAGAUAAUUUGUUGGAGGAGAAGUGGAUUAUUUCAUUGUUUGAGCAUUUUUGGCAAAAUUUGUGCACAAAUACCAUACAAAAAGAUGUGAUUAUGCUAAAUGUUUGAAGAUUUCCAUACUCAUUAUCUUCCUUUUUUCUCCCCCCAGACAGAUGCUGUUUACUUCCGACUGACCUCAGUUAGUAACGCACUUAUUCUAGUGAACCAACCAUUAGAUUAUGACAACUUCCAAAAGACACAGCUGUAUCUUAUUGUCCGGGUAAGGUCUUAAUCAAGAUAGAUAACCAUGGAGCUCUAGCUGUUGUGAAAUAUAACUCAUAUGGUGCAUCAAGAGGUUGUUUUUCUAUCUUGGUAGCAUUCUAUCUUCAUAAUUCAGUAUAUAUAUAUAUAUAAUUAGUGAAGAAUAUUGACUAAAAUAUUUAGCACAAAUUAAUUAAUUGAUCAUUUUGGUUACACCAGUCUAAGUAGAGAUCUUCCAAAUUUACACAAUAUAUCACAGAAAUGUGGAGACGAGAGACCAAUAACGUUGAUAUAGGGUUGUAGUUUGAAUAGUUAUUAGAAGUAAGAUAGUUACUAUAAGAGAGAUUGAAUUAAUUAGUUAUUAAUUGUUGUGAUAAUUGUUAGAAAGUUGGAUAGUUACUAUAAGAUAUAUUUAAUUAAUUAGUUAUUAAUUACUGUGAUAAUUGUUAGUAAUUGCUCCUAUGCCACAGUCAUCAACCUACUCCCAAAAUACAUAGAUAUAUUUCAGUAGAACACUUGAAAGACGCAGUUGAAUAUUAUUAAAGGUAAUUGCAAUCUUCUUCUGUUAAAGGAUUCUGCCAUAUAUGGGGGAACUUUCACAUCAACAGCUACCAUAAAUAUUGAAAUUCAGGAUGUUGAUAAUGUACCACCUCGGUUCAUUCCCUGUACGGAUAUAGGAAACAAAAUAUGCAUCAGCAGUGGUUACACAUGUAAUGUAACUCGAUCAGAACUGGUGGUAAGUAUAUUGUUGUACUAGAACAAAUCCCUCCAACUUGAAGGACUAAAGACAUGGGUAACACUAAUGAAUUGGAUGUUAGGGUCAUGGCCAAAGAUUAAAAUGAGUAUCUAUGACAAGAGAAGUAAUGAAAAAGUAUACAUGUAUAUAUAUGGUGGUUAUAUAGCCAACCACAUUGAACUCCCUAUAGACUUAAAAUGCUGAAAAUUGGCAACUAUUUUAUUUUCCAGGUCAGCCCUUGUAGAUGCAUAUAAUUGCCAAUAUGGAUAGCGCACUCUCCUGGAUCCCAGGGUGCAACCGAGCCUGAAGUUGGCCAAUCUUCACAAUGUGAUUUGCAAGUUCAAUCCAAUGGGCAGAUUUAUUGGAGCAAAAUCAAAACAAGGUUUCGGGCCACAACAGGGCCUUUGUCAAGCUUGACAAAGGCCCUGUUGUAGGCCAAAACCUUGUUUCGAUUUUGCUCCAAUAAAUCUGCCCACUUGUAGAUGCAUAGAUCAAUUCAACUAUAUUUUGAUGAUUGUCCUCUACUCAUACUUUGUUACGUCUCUAAUAUGAGCAUGUUGCUUAAUUAGCACACCUUGUAAUUGUGCCUGGGAAGCAUCUUUAUCUCAAUCUAGAUCUGCCCCUGCCCAUAUUUCUGUUCUUUUUCCGUGGCUCUGUGUCUAUCACCCACACAAAAAGAAGGCAUGCUCUUCUCCUGUGUGCUGCAUAACAAUUAAAAGUGGGUAUGUUUCUAGCUAUAUCUAUAAUAACAUAUUCCAAAGUAUAGAAAUCCUUACUAUAUCACAAUGGCCAACAAUAUAAAAAUAGCUCAGUUGGGUAAUGCACCAGCUGUCAAAAUGUCAGGCUUACAGAUUCUGUUCCCAGCAUGUUUUAAAGGGACACUAUAGUCACUUGAACAACUUUAGCUUAAUGAAGCAGUUUUGGUGUAUAGAACAUGCCCCUGCAGCCUCACUGCUCAAUCCUCUGCCAUUUAGGAGUUAAAUCCCUUUGUUUAUGAACCCUAGUCACACCUCCCUGCAUGUGACUUGCACAGCCUUCCAUAAACACUUCCUGUAAAGAGAGCCCUAUUUAGGCUUUCUUUAUUUCAAGUUCUGUUUAAUUAAGAUUUUCUUAUCCCCUGCUAUGUUAAUAGCUUGCUAGACCCUGCAAGAGCCUCCUGUAUGUGAUUAAAGUUCAAUUUAGAGAUUGAGAUACAAUUAUUUAAUGUAAAUUACAUCUGUUUGAAAGUGAAACCAGUUUUUUUUUUCAUGCAGGCUCUGUCAAUCAUAGCCAGGGGAGGUGUGGCUUGGGCUGCAUAAACAGAAACAAAGUGAUUUAACUCCUAAAUGACAGUGAAUUGAGAAGUGAAAUUGCAGGGGAAUGAUCUAUUCACUAAAACUGCUUUAUUUAGCUAAAGUAAUUUAGGUGACUAUAGUGUUCCUUUAACUCAACCAAACAUCAUUCGGAAAAAUGUAUAAUGAGUGAUUGAAAUAUCUAUAUUCUGAGACAUACUUGAAGGUGAGAGAAAUCUCAACACAUCCUUCCUGAUUAAACAUAUUAAUUAUUAUGACUUGUAAUGGAUUGCCCGGUCACUUUUAAUAACUGGCGCAUGACUCUUGUCACCUCCUCCACAUUAGAGCAAUUCAGGGAUGUAAGAAACUUUGGGGUAACAUGUAUUUUUAUAGUUAUUAUUGUUAGGCACCCUUGUGAUUGGUAGGUGAUUAAAUGAUCUUGUGCUAAGUCAGCUAUGUCCUAGACACCAAGGUACCCAGGUUGGGCAAUGCAGUGUUUUCCAUAAUGAACCCCUGUUGGGAAUGUGUGUUAUCCAAAAAACUUAGAUCUGUUUUACCCUUCAUCAAAUCUUGGCUGAUGUUUUGGAAGAGUUAUAAUCACUCUAGCAGCUCUAUCCCAGGUGAAAGGGGCAAGCUAUAGUCAGUUUGGAAACUCUGUCCCAGGAGAAAAGGGAUAAUUGGCAAAGAUUCUCAGUCUCAGUAUAUGAGCUCCCUCACAUUACUAACAUUGAUUUCCUUUUGAGGGCAAAAGUUCAGAUGUUGCUGAACUACAAUUCCCAUGAUUUCCUAACAGUUUAUUCCAUUUGAGAAUUCAGCAAGUUGUAGACCAUUAACAUCUAGGGGCCCAAGUUUGAGAUCCCUGCUCUAGAAGGUCAUAUAACAGAUAUGAUUGGCUUUAAUAUUAUUUGGCUACAAUACCACGUAUGGGGAGCUGCUAGAGAAAUUGUAUAUUUUGUAGAUGCACUACCCUAUUCUGGAAAAACAGAUACCUUUUUACAUGAAAACAAUGCAAUAAAAGUUCAUCUCCAGAAAGUGACAAUGCCGAUAUCUAGUUUUUCCAAGUCCAGGUUGAAGAUGGUACAGUAAUAUAGUUAGAUAGUUUUGCAAUUGCUACACCCAUGGUUUCUAUAUUGUAAAUUACGUAAACUACUAAACAUGAAGACAUGCAAUUAAACAUGUGUGGGUGCGUCUGUUAAAUGUUAUCUCCUUAGAUGUGUCAACAUGACGUCUUACAGCUCAAUAGUACUAAUACAAUCUCUCUGCAUUUACCUCUCCUUUAACUUAUAUUGCUCAGUUCUUUAGAAAUAUUCCAAAUGCGAUAACGCAGAGAGAGACAGAGAGUAUUAACCCCACAGAUAUAAUUUUAUCUCAUAUGUUAUUUUUUAUAUUUAGCUAAAAUAUUUACUUUUCAUGGAUCACUGAUUUUCAGUGCUAUGGUUGGUUGUUGUACUCUGAAAAUUACUCUUUAAUUUUUUUUAGACUGGACCUCUCAUUUUAUCACCUGGCCCAAUAUAUGCAGUAGAUGGAGAUGUUACUUUUGAUCCUGUUAUUUUGUAUUCCAUUAUCAGUGGUGAGUGCAAACAAUACUUCAUCAUACUUUAAUAUUGUUUUGGACAUUUGCUUCUCCCAACAUUUUGUGAUAUAUUUACGACAUGCUCCUAAGUAUACAAAUUUGUUAUUAUAUAUGACAGGUAUAAGGCAUAAGAUCACCAGGAUUACAACUUACUAUAAACUUUAUAGGUACAAAAAGAGGAUAAAUAAAGGUUAAUCAGGGCAACACAAUCUCCAAAUGGAGACGAGACUGCAGGUCGUAGACCAGAAAAGUCAAAAUAAACUGGGGAAGAAAUAGCUCACUUGGGACCCGAUUCAAUAUUAUAAGCAAAAACCAGUCAAACUUUAUCAACUGCUUUUGCCCGAUAGUUUUAGCAAAUGUCAACUGGAUUUAAUGAUAAAUUGGCCGGCUUCUCGAAAAAAAUGUAUUGUCCGUUUUUAAUGACUAACUCUGUUAAAAAUAAAUUAAAUAAAAGCCUAUGGGUGUUAAAUGACCCCCAUAUUAGUACAAGGGAAGUUUGAAACCUAUUUCUUGCCCUCACUUACCAUGUUGUGAGUGGUGGCAAGUCCACUAAAGAACCAAUAGUUAGUGGCAGCUCGCUCACAAACUAGUGACUGUGUAGCUAUUGCUGUCCAGAUGCUAAUAACAUACAAGGAGACCUGGCACAGGUCACCCAUGCCCCCAGCUGUGGGUAUCAGGUUGUGUAUUUAGAUUAAAGAAUGAGGUCGCUGAACAGGCCAUGGCCAGGGGGUGAGAGUUCCAUUAAAACUAAAAGCAGGAGGGACAUCCUAGUGUACCCAUCAGCUCCAUGGUGGAGUCAAUUAAUAAAUAAAUAAAUACAUGGGUGAGAUUUAGCAUCCCGCCUACUUCACCUGUGGGCAGCAGAUGGGGGCUACCAUUCUAAUAAGCAGCGGUAACGUUUGUAUAUACUACCAGGCACAGCAUUUUUCUCAUUCAUGCAGAUAAGAUCGUGGUAGAAUUCUCAUUUUGUGAUCGAUUUAAGUUCUGUAAACGAGCAUCAGUUGACCGAUUUUGAGAAAUUGUGUGUACAUUUAAACCCUGUCAAAAAGCCUAUAUCAGUUAUAUACGCUCUCUUAAAUAUUACCAGAAGCAUAAAAUCGCUUCCAUGUGUUUUAUAAUGAAAAAAAGAUCUAGACCAUCAAGUAAUAGAAAGGGAUUGGAUGAAAGCUAUAUAUAUAUAUAUAUAUAUAUAUAUAUAUAUAUGAACAUAUUAGAUAUAAAUAUAUCUAAAUGAAUGACAUUAUGCGCCUCCCAUAUGGAGACAGCACAUAAGCUAUUUUAUAGAUGGUAUAUGAUACUGGAUAGAAUAAAUGUUUCAUAUGGUGGAGAUGUCCCAUAAUUCAAAUUUAUUGGGAAGAGGUAAUAAAAUUAUCCCACCAUCCUUUUGUUAUUUUUGUUUAGGGACCAAUAUAUUAAACCUAUUAAAUAUUUGAUGUUCCAUAUUCUCAUAGCGGCCUUAUCUUUAAUAGCAAAAAAAUGGUUAAAAACUAAAACCCCUUCUAUGUCAGAACUCACAAAUUAUAUUUCCCACGUGGUGAGAUAUGAAGUAACAGCCAGACAAUCCAUUACUUCAUAUGACUUAGGAGGAAGGUUUGGAAAGAAUGGAAUGUUAAAAUAAAUAUUAGUGGUAUUUUUUUUUUUUAAUAGAGUAACAUGAACACGCUCAGAUCAGUCAGUGAAGUUGGUAAUUAAAUAAUAUGUAUUACUAUAUUAGUUUUGAUGUUUUUGGUGUUGUUUGGUGAACAUUGUUAGACAAGUCAUGUUGGAUGCGACUUACAAAAAUGUUUUAUACACAUUUGAGUAAGAAGAUGAGUUUAAGUCUGAGGUUCUUGAUUUGGAUUUAUAAAUGUGACCAAUGUGCUUUAUGUCCGCCUCUCAAAAAUCGGACAAAUAACUUGAGCGAUUUGCUAUUUUUGGGGUAAAAUAUUAUAAGCAAUGAUGUCUCCAGGUAACUUAAAUGAUUAAUUUCCCUAUCCUUCCACAAUUUCUAUGUUUUCUUUUUCUUUUCUUUUAAAUUUUUGUUGCAAAUCAAGCAACAAUUAAUAUAUACCGUAUAUACUCGAGUAUAAGACGAGUUUUUUGGCACAUUUUUUGUGCUGAAAAACUUCAACUCGUCUUAUACUCGAGUGAGUGUCUGUAUUAUGGCAACUUACAUUGCCAUAAUACAUACAAGGACCACCGGGCUCAUAUAUAUAUAUAUUGCUUUCAGCCAAUCCCUUUCUAUUACUUGAUGGUCUAGAUCUUUUUUUCAUGAUAAAACACAUGUAAGCGAUUUUAUGCUUCUGGUAAUAUUUAAGAGAGCGUAUAUAACUGAUAUAGGCUUUUUGACAGGGUUUAAAUGUACACACAAUUUCUCAAAAUCGGUCAACUGAUGCUCGUUUACAGAUCUUAAAUCGAUCUCAAAAUGAGAAUUCUACCACGAUCAUUACAAGCCUGGCGGUCCAGUUGGGGGCUGUCAGGAAGCGUUUACUUACCUUUCCUGCAGCUCCUGUCAGCUCCCUUCUCUCUCCUCCGGUCCGGUCAGCUCCCCUGCAAGUCUCGCGAGAGCCGCGGGUUCAGAGCGUUGCCACGGAUUACUUGCAGGAGAGCUGACCGGACUGGAGGAGAGAGAAGGGAGCUGACAGGAGCUGCAGGAAAGGUAAGUAAACACUUCCUGCCAGCCCCCUCCUACACAGUGCACACCACUGGACCACCAGGGAGUGAGAGCCCCCCUCCCUGGCCAGCUAACAAGCAGGGAGGGGGGAUGAAGAAAAAUAACAUAAAAAUUUAAAUUAAAUAAAAUAACAUAAAGAUAAUAAUAUUUAAAAAUAUAUUAAAAUAAUAAUAAUAAUAAUAAUAAUAUAAAAACAUAAUUAAAAUGUCCACCCCCCACCAAGGCGCUGCAUCACAUACACAUACACACACUGCACUCAUACACACACACACUGCAUUCAUACACACACACUGCACUCAUUCAUACACACUGCAUUCAUACACACUGCACUCAUACACACACACUACAUUCAUACACAUACACUGCACUCAUACACACACACACUGCAUUCAUACACACACACUCCACUCAUUCAUACACACUGCAUUCAUACACACACACUGCACUCAUACACACACACUGCAUUCAUACACACGCACUGCACUCAUACACACACACUGCAUUCAAACACACACACUGAACUCAUACGCUGCACUCAUACACACACUGCACUCAUACACACACACUGCACUCAUACACACACACACUGCACUCAUACACACACACACUGCAUUCAUACACACACACACUGCACUCAUACACACACUACAUUCAUACACACACACUACCUUCAUACACACACACACACUGCAUUCAUACACACACACACUGCAUUCAUACACACACUGUAUUCAUACACACACACACACACACACACACACAGCUUUCAUUAUACACACACACUGUAAAUAAAUAUUCAAUUAAUAUAAUUUUGGGGGAUCUAAUUUUAUUUAGAAAUUUACCAGUAGCUGCUGCAUUUCCCACCCUAGUCUUAUACUCGAGUCAAUAAGUUUUCCCAUUUUUGGGGGGUAAAAUUAGGGGUCUCGACUUAUAUUCGGGUCGACUUAUACUCGAGUAUAUACGGUAAGAGGGAUUUUCAAAUAUAAUGAAAGAUAUGAUUAAGAUAAGAAUGUAAAACAGUUCUUCAUAAUGUAAUAUUAUUAUGUUAUUUAAUAUAACAUUGAAACCGUUGUUUAAAUGACAUGUUUGUAACCUCUUCUUGGAAAUCUAUUUAAAAAAAAAAAAAAAUUAUGUAAAAAAAAUAUAAUAUAGUAUUAUAUAGUAUAAUAUACAGGGGAAGUUGAACAUACUUUUGUCUAUCCACACAAAAGUAUGCCUCUUUUUUAAUUAGAAUUAAUUCUUAUGUAAGUCUCUAUAGAAAUGAGACGUUCCUGUCAGAGCUUUCUGAUUGGUUGGAUUACAAGCCAAGCAAUCAGCAUGCUUGGAUUGAAAUUACAAAGUUUAGGAAAAACUAUUUUUAUUGCAUCACUUUUUUUAUUCUACAUCCUUUUUUUUGGUAAUCAAGUACAGUAGUAACAGGACUAAGGCAAUUUUAUAUGGCCUUUUUUAGGGCUGAAGAAAAGAAAAUGUACAAAUGAAUUAUAUAGAUAUAUAAAAUUAAUACAUUGCUAAACACAAAUACACACACCAGUCAAGCCAUAAGACUUGCUUUACCCACAGAAAUUUACACUUUAACAGUGCUCUCACUACUGCAAGGGAUUCUGGGUAGGUGGAUGCAAAUGAGCUCAACAAAGAACCACAUUUUUGCCUCAUAAUUCCACUUUAUACAUGGAUUCCUUGGAGUAUGUGUCUGCUGUAUACAACGGCACAACUCAGGAAGAGGAGCAAAGCCAGUACAGCUGUUUCGUUGUUAAUGCAACUCAUCAGCAUGAGGUUGGUUACUUGUAAAGUACAUACCAAGAGAGUUGUGGUGGGGUGAAAAGUGUGGAUGAAAACUCCUUCCACCUGAAGUAAGUGCAUAGUUAAUACAUUGCUAAACACAAAUACACACACCAGUCAAGCCAUAAGACUUGCUUUUUCCACAGAAAUCUCACUUUAACAGUGCUCUCACUACUGCAAGGGAUUCUGGGUAGGCAUGCUCUACAAGUACAAGUAAUACCAAACUUCCAUAGCAAGCCAGUAACCAACCUCAUGCUGAUGAGUUGCAUUAACAACGAAACAGCUGUCCAUGAGCGGUUCACUGGCUUUGCUCCUCUUCCUGAGUUGUGCCGUUGUAUACAGCAGACACAUACUCCAAGGAAUCCAUGUAUAAAGUGGAAUGAUGAGGCAAAGUAUUUAUUUAUGACAACCCACUCAUCCCCCCUCCCUACCCUUCUCUAACAUCAGUUGUUUUAAGUGUUAAACUCUAUCAGAUUGAUCAGUAUUGCUUCCAGUGGCAGAUCCGGGGGGGACAACAGGGCAAUUGCCCCCCCCCUCCGAGAUUCUCCCCUGCCAGCUAAUGCAGGGCUGGCAUUGUCCAAGUGCCAGCCCUGCAAUAUGUCUGCGGACCGGGCAGGGAUAUCAGCGAUCUCCCUACCCGGUCCGCAGGCACGUGCUGGCAGCCGGCAGGGGAGGGAGAUGGAGAGAGAGAGGACCCCGGAGCUCAGCCUGCAGCUCCUCCGGGUCCUACUCUCGCAAGCACGGAGCGUUGCAGCGGUUACCAUGGCAACUCUCCAAAUCUUGCGAGAGUGAACUCUAGCCCUGGAACCACCAGGGAUUCCCCACGGACCACCAGGGAUCCAGAAAUGUCUCCCCUCCUCCCAGUAAAGGUAAGAAGGGAGGGGGGACAUAAAGAAUGUGUGUUUUAAUUAAAUUAAAUUGAAAAAAAAAACAUAUAAGAAGGGUUGGGGGGCUUUUUUUAUAAUAUGUGUUGUUUUUUUCAAAUGUAAUUAUUAUGUAUGUAUGGGGACAGUGUAUGUGCGUGGGGGGGAGGGAGAAAUGUGUGUGACGGGUAGGGGGCUUUUUCAUAAUCACACACACACACAUUGUCUACCCCCUCCACCCCCCACACACACAUACACUGCUCCCAUACUCACAUUGCCCCAUACACACACACUGCCCCCCAUACAUUGCCCCCAUACACACACUGCCCCCCAUACACACACUGACCCCAUACACUGCCCCCCAUACACACACUGCCCCAUUACACACACAUACUACCCCCAUACGUACACACUGCCCCCAUACACACACACUGCCCCCAUACACACACUGAUCCCCAUACACACAUUGCCCUACACAUACACUGCCCCCCUAACACACACACACACACUGCACCCCUGACAUACACUGCCGCCCUCACUCACAUGCUGCAGGUAAAUUGUCAAACUGUUCUUAAAUGGUUUGACUACUUACUCUGGGAGGGGGUCCCGGCACUAUUGACACCAUAACCACUACACUGAGCUGUAGUGGUUAUUGUGUCUGGAUUAUUUCUUUAAAAAAUCUACACGUGCCCCUACCGAGAUUAGGCUCUGGAUCCGCCACCGAUUGCUUCAUACCUGAGGAAGAGAGGAAAACUCUUGAAAGCUUGUCUUUGAAAUAUUAUCUUAGUCCAAUAGACUAACCAGAGCUAGUAGGGGCUGCAGCAGACAAUAGAGAGGAGACAGUGAGAGAGAGCCGACGAUGACAAGGGAUAGUGGGGUGCGGUAUGGAUACUGGGACCUCACUGCAUCCAGAGCUUUGCUCUGAGAUCCAUCCAGGAGGAUGUGAUCCCAGCUCUGCAUCACUGUCAGAGGGGCAGAGAGGAGAGGCUGACCGGUAGAGUUCCUAUCACUGAAUGCUGCGUGAUCAGGUAAGGAGGACGCGAUUGCGCAGCCAGCACACUUUGUUCUGGGAACCAUCAUGGAAGAUGUGGUCCCAGCUCUGCAACUUGUUGGGGAGGGGAUGGAGAAGUUGUUUUUGGCCGGGCUAGAAAUAGUUGAGCAAGGGGGAGAUCAGUCAGAGUCCCCAGCCCAGGGUCCCAGGCCCAACAUAUAUAUUAUUUAUUUAUUUUUUCCAUGGUGCAACAAUUUUGUGGGGAGGGGGUAGACAAUACAGGGAGUGCAGAAUUAUUAGGCAAAUGAGUAUUUUGACCACAUCAUCCUCUUUAUGCAUGUUGUCUUACUCCAAGCUGUAUAGGCUCGAAAGCCUACUACCAAUUAAGCAUAUUAGGUGAUGUGCAUCUCUGUAAUGAGAAGGGUGUGGUCUAAUGACAUCAACACCCUAUAUCAGGUGUGCAUAAUUAUUAGGCAACUUCCUUUCCUUUGGCAAAAUGGGUCAAAAGAAGGACUUGACAGGCUCAGAAAAGUCAAAAUAGUGAGAUAUCUUGCAGAGGGAUGCAGCACUCUUAAAAUUGCAAAGCUUCUGAAGCGUGAUCAUCGAACAAUCAAGCGUUUCAUUUAAAAUAGUCAACAGGGUCGCAAGAAGCGUGUGGAAAAACCAAGGCGCAAAAUAACUGCCCAUGAACUGAGAAAAGUCAAGCGUGCAGCUGCCGCGAUGCCACUUGCCACCAGUUUGGCCAUAUUUCAGAGCUGCAACAUCACUGGAGUGCCCAAAAGCACAAGGUGUGCAAUACUCAGAGACAUGGCCAAGGUAAGAAAGGCUGAAAGACGACCACCACUGAACAGACACACAAGCUGAAACGUCAAGACUGGGCCAAGAAAUAUCUCAAGACUGAUUUUUCUAAGGUUUUAUGGACUGAUGAAAUGAGAGUGAAUCUUGAUGGGCCAGAUGGAUGGGCCCGUGGCUGGAUUGGUAAAGGGCAGAGAGCUCCAGUCCGACUCAGACGCCAGCAAGGUGGAGGUGGAGUACUGGUUUGGGCUGGUAUCAUCAAGAUGAGCUUGUGGGGCCUUUUCGGGUUGAGGAUGGAGUCAAGCUCAACUCCCAGUCCUACUGCCAGUUCCUGGAAGACACCUUCUUCAAGCAGUGGUACAGGAAGAAGUCUGCAUCCUUCAAGAAAAACAUGAUUUUCAUGCAGGACAAUGCUCCAUCACACGCGUCCAAGUACUCCACAGCGUGGCUGGCAAGAAAGGGUAUAAAAGAAGAAAAUAUAAUGACAUGGCCUCCUUGUUCACCUGAUCUGAACCCCAUUGAGAACCUGUGGUCCAUCAUCAAAUGUGAGAUUUACAAGGAGGGAAAACAGUACACCUCUCUGAACAGUGUCUGGGAGGCUGUGGUUGCUGCUGCACGCAAUGUUGAUGGUGAACAGAUCAAAACACUGACAGAAUCCAUGGAUGGCAGGCUUUUGAGUGUCCUUGCAAAGAAAGGUGGCUAUAUUGGUCACUGAUUUGAUUUUGUUUUGUUUUUGAAUGUCAGAAAUGUAUAUUUGUGAAUGUUGAGAUGUUAUAUUGGUUUCACUGGUAAUAAUAAAUAAUUGAAAUGGGUAUAUAUUUGUUUUUUGUUAAGUUGCCUAAUAAUUAUGCACAGUAAUAGUCACCUGCACACACAGAUAUCCCCCUAACAUAGCUAUAACUAAAAACAAACUAAAAACUACUUCCAAAAAUAUUCAGCUUUGAUAUUAAUGAGUUUUUUGGGUUCAUUGAGAACAUGGUUGUUGUUCAAUAAUAAAAUUAAUCCUCAAAAAUACAACUUGCCUAAUAAUUCUGCACUCCCUGUAGUAUGUCAACCUCCCAUUGUAUAUCAUGAGUCAGGGCUGGGGAAGGGACAUUAGGUUGGCCUGUUUAUGAUAAUCUUUAGAAUUCUAUAUAACUCUAUAUAACAUUAGUUUGGAAGUACUGUCACAUUUUGUCAGUACAUUAUACCAUUUUUUUUCACAAACAAGAAACCACAAAUAAUGAUAUUGGGAUAUGAUUGAUUUGUUUUUUAAGUGCAUUUUCUUGAUAGCAACCUUUUUUUCCAAUAAUUAAAUAAACAUUUUUAAGUAUUCCAUUUUUCUUGGCAGGGAAUAAUGAAAACAUCUUUUCUAUGGACCAGUUGACUGGAAACAUAACAAUGUUAAAAACAGCUGAUCAGCUGAGACCAAUUAUCAUGCAGGUCAUGGUAAGCAGAGCCUUAAUGAAUGGCAUUGUAGUUACUUAGUGCUUGUUGGAGAACACAUUUAAUAUGUUGUGACAAUUCUAUGAAGCAGCCAUUUGUGAGAAAGUAUAUAUGGCAUCUUUCAAGGGUAAUCUAUACAUGAAAUGUUUGGUCACUGUAGUGAGAGAGGCACCAAUUGUACCUUAAAGAAAGAUUAUAGUGUCAGGAACACAAACAUGCAUUCUUGACAGUAUAGGUCUAAAUGCGCUGUUUAGCUUCCAGGCCACCCUUUACCCCUGUUAAAACUCACUUUUUUUUCCAAGAACUAUACGGGUACUUUUAAGGCUGGCAGCACACAUUGCCUCCUUGGCUGAGAUCAUCAAAAUUUACUAUCUGAGCUAAUCUAAUGUUUUCCUAUAGGAAAGCAUUGGGAGGGUAUUGUGCUUGCAUCUCAAUGCAUUAAUGCAUCUCCAUGAGGAAUGUUCAGGGCCUCCAUACAUAGAGUGGAGAUACUGAACAAAGGUGCUGCACAUCGUGCAGCAUUGACCCAGGAAGCACCUCUAGUGGCUGUCUGAGUGUCUGCCACUAGACGUGUUCCUAGGCAGCAAUGUAAACUUAGGGCAGUGUAUUAAAUUGGGGUAAGGGAGGGCAGUGUAUUAAAUUAGAGAGGUGGGAGUGGGGGCAGUGUAUUCCAUUACAGUGGAGGGGGGAGGGGCAGUGUAUUAGAUUAAAGGGCAAUGUAUUAGAGUGGAGCAAAGAGGGGCAGUAUAUUGGAUUUGUGGGCAAUGUAUUGGAUUUGUAGGAAGUGUAUUAGAAUGGAAUGAGUGGGCAGUGUAUUAGAUUGGAUCUGCAUGGAGGCGUUGAACGAUCCCCAUGGAGAUGCUAAUUGGCUGCACAGCUUUUUGCCACACAUGCACAAUAGCCUCGCAAUGCUUUCCUAUGGGAAAGUUUGAUGAUCUCAGCCACAGUGAAGAGCACACUCAUAGGACUUCAAAAUCAACAAGAUAACGUAAUUAGUUUUUUUCAGCUGUGCAACAGCAUACAUUCACCAUUUCAGUCCCAUUAACAAACUUUUCUUAAUAUGUCAAGGUAAUGUGACUGAAACAUUGGUUAUAUGCAAAUGCACGUCUCCUUAAAAUAAAUCCGCUGUUUUGUUUACUUCGAAGCCCUACCAGCAUGAGGACGUCCAAUGUCAGUUAGGCAACUGUUUUUAUACUGUAUGUUUCGAAAUAAACCUACAUUUCUAUGAAAACUGAAAUUUUUGUUUUUUUGCAGCCCACGUAAACUUAAACCUUGUUUAUUUGGCCCAUUUUAGCCUUUAAAUUUUGACAUGCUUGAUGUAGGUCAUCAUUCCAUAGUACAAGCUAUUAAGCACUGUGUACCUUAUACAGAAUUGUUUACACACCCAUCUAAAUCAUCAGCUGGUCAUAGUUGUUGGUCACAUAGAUAAAUGUAAAGCAUACCAUGUAAUACAGUGUCUGUAUUUCUCAAUGUCCAUCCCAUGAUAAUGAAAAAUAACUGCACCUGUGUCUAUGCUAUUUGUAGGGUCAACAAGCAAAUGAUCCCUUACAGUAUGCCAUGACAACAGUCCAAAUUGAAGUCCUGGAUAAAAAUGGUCACCCACCAACCUUUGAAAAUAGCAGUUACCUUGGGCAGAUAACCUCUGGUUCUGAAAUUGGAAGUUUCAUACUUGAUUCGAGUAGUCCAAAUAAACCCCUACAAGUAUUUGCCAUGGAUGAAGAUUUCCCUGAUGUAAGAUAUCCAAAAUGUUUUAACCUGCAGUGAAUGGGCUAUUUGACAAGAAUUACUCAUUGGUUAAGAUUGUUCUUUAGACAAUGUUUCUAGGGCAAAGAUCCAGUAUUGGCAUUCAUUCACUAUGUGUAAAUUUUACAAGUGGAUUACAAACCACAUUAUUUAAGUGUACUGCAAUAUAAAUUUAAAAUUAAAUUUUCACUAGACCUAAUAUCUCUGCCAUGUCUCAAAAAAUCCUCUUUAACCUUUCCAUGCAACCAAAAAAAGUUAUUUUGGCAGGACCUUUUACUAGAAUAGUACUAAAACUGACAAAUGGCAGGUAAUAAAACUUUUCUAGCAAUUUAGAUGAAUUGUUCAUUUUCCAAUCCUUUUGGAUUUACUUGUCUCAUUUGAAAAACAAAUGUAGGUUAUGGUCCAUCCUAUUAAAAACUACUCUGUAAACUUUCAUGCCACUGGACUUUUCCCAAGAAGAGCAUCCUGAUAAUUGAAUCGGUCCAAGGGAUGUAUUUGUCCCAUGUUUUUAAUUGCCUGUAUCAUCUGAUUAAGAACUUAAAAUACUUUUUUUUUUGUUUUGAGUCAAAAUCUUAGUUCUUAUCAACAAAUGGAUCUAGCAAGUGUGACACAAGUGUGGAAAUGGUUUUAUUUUGUUCAAAUACAUUCUUGAAGGGAAAAAAAUUAUUAUUAUUUUUAUAUUGAAGACGGUAAUCUUAUGGUCCUCAAAGGGGACAGAGUAUGACAAAGGGGGAAAAUGUAAGGUGAAAGUUAAAUUUCACAUUACAAUUGGUAGCUGAGAAUGACAGGGUAAAAUUAUGUAGAGCUAGAAGGUGAGAUGAAAAAGAGGUGAGUCAAGAGACAAGAGGAAGAACUAAGGAUAAAGAAGGAACGUUGAAAAAGACUGAAGAAAAAAAUGGUGAUUGAGGAAGACAAGACAGGCUAAAUUAAAAGAACACAUAGUUUGAAAUGUAUAAUGGAGCAGGCCUAAAAAUGAAAGUGGUGCCAAGAAGGACAAGAAAAUUGAGAAAGGUAGGGUUAAGGGGUGGAAUCGGUGGAUGGAAAGGAUAAAAUGCAGUGUGCAUGAAAACCAUAGAGAGGAUGAAAAGAAUAAAUGCUGGUAGCAGCAUAGGACAUUGUAAAGGGCUAAAGAACAAAAAAAGAUAUUAUAAAAGAGUGGAAUUAGAAUAAUAAGAGGAGAGAAAGAAGGGCUGUUGAUAUCUGUGAUAUCUGAAGAGGACCAGAGACUGACAUGGUGGUAUAAGAAGAACAAUGGGGGAAGGAAGAAAGGGACUAAUACAGAAAGAGGGGAAUGUGAAAGACAAAAGGGGUUAAAAAGGGUGUAUGAGUAAAGCUCAUACAGGGUGGUGGUUUAUGAGAAAAUAGUGUGAUUGUUCAUGGUUUGCACUAGGAUUUAAAAGUAACAAGAAAAUAUGUAAUUUGCUACCAAAUUCUAUUCGAGAAAAUAUUGAAUAUAUAUAAAUAAUUAGUGCACAACAUAAAGAAGUGCUGUUUGAGCCAGAUUGUUAUUUUUUCCCCUCUUUUGUAGAAGGUGAACCCAAACAUUAUUUAUAUAAUUCAAGGUAAUAAUAAUUUCACCAUUACUCGUGAUGGCUUUAUCAGGACCAAUGCAGAAUUCCAAUCCCCAUCCUCCACAAAUUUUAUGGUAAGUUUAAAUAUAAUUUUAUCAGAAUAUUCUGUAAUAAUAUAUUAAUAUAUUUAGGAAUGAUUUUGGCUUUGGAUCCAAGAUAUAGUGUGUGUAACUAGAGGAAAUCAAGGGUCUGGAUUUCUGGAAAGGAAAAGAUAGAGUGUAUACCACUACUCCAUUUUGAUAUGGAAAUGUUGGAUUGAAAAAGGUGAGUGUUAUCCUAGUGAUGUUAUAAUGUUGUCACAAUGGGAAUACAGUAUUAUAGUGCCAUGUAUAAUAAUGAGCUUCAUUACAGCAAGGGGCACAAUGCUGUACAUGGUGCUGUAGUGACAACAUUUGAGUUAGGAGGAACCUUAGGGUUGUUGUUUAGGGUUCAGGGUGGCUUGGGUUGCAGGGCAUGUAAAGUACCUCCUGUACUUCGUGAAGUACGUUCGUUUACACACUACCGAAAUGCUAGAGGCUUAGUGAGUAUAAGCCGUUCGCAUAGUAUGCUAGUUCGUACUCUCCCGAAAUCCAAUCCGGCCGUGAAAAUAAAUAAAUCGGUUCGCCGUUCACAUACCCAAACAUCAGUUGAGACAUGAUGAAAUGUACAACUGGAAUGUUUUAUUCCGACCAAAUGGCCCUCUUAUAUACACAGACCCCAGCAUGGGGUCUCAAGCAAAAGCAUAGUAAAACAUGCCCCAAACACUCCCACAACACGCCCGGAGUCUUUGUGUCUCGGAGUUAAUUUAGUGUACUUUGCUUAAACUAAUUAUCUCCCAGGCAUUAGAGUUCCAAAGUAUAAAACAUAAAAUAUUAAAAAUAUACAUAAUAUAUAUAUGAACCCCCACAAGCAUUAUAUCCCAGGAUAUCCUGGAUCUGAGCACCCAAGUUGUCCAAAUAGCGCUCAGAUCCCACGAACACAGACAAAUUGCCACCAGGGUAGAGUUUUGGCCAACCACCCACGUAGCGUCUGCCCAAAUUAGUUCCAGAGAAAUAGUGGUAGCGGUCAGUCACUUUCAGGAGUUCAGAACCAAACAAAAUGUCGAAUGGUUCCCCUGGCUCAUAGGUAGCGAUUGUUUGCCUAGUUCGUGCAAGCAAUCCUAACAAACAGCGCUCUCCUGUCUUGUUGGGAAAAGAAGAAGGCAUUUGUGUAAAAUCACCGGUGUUCAAACGGUCGAGUAUCUGACUUACAGUUCCAUACACUCGACGACCAAGUCCCGCUGCCUGCGUUCGUGCAAUAAGAUGGCCGCCAUUUUCUUCAGCACAUGUUGUUUGGUUAUAUGAACGGCGGCCACACAGGUAGAGUACUUAAGUCUGUGGUUUCUUUGAAGUUCAAUGAGCCAGAGGGUGGUCGGUGGUUGGUGUUCGGUAGAUUCAUUUACUGAGCACAGGGGAAGUAACUGGGAUAAUAAAACACAGUAUUUUGUCACAGGGCGUAAGGUAAGGGUCUUAGCAUUAGAGAGUACUUGCCUUCCAGAUACUGUGGGCUUUAAAUAAAAUCACUCACAUCUGGGCUGAUGGGAGCUAUAAUCCUCAAAUCUUGAAGUCAGGUACCCCUUAACAAUAUGUCCCCCUUAACCCAAAGCUUCCUAUUCUUAAGUUCCCCUUAAUCAUGUCUUUGUAUCCUUAAAAGGCAACUGUCACUUACAAAGAUCUCUAAUAUUUAGUUUACGUAUUUUUUUUAAAGAUAAUAUGUGUUUGUUGGGUUUGAAAAAUGAAGUUGAAUGUAGAAAUCCAGACUGUGUUUAGCUCUCUUGGAACUGUAAUACAUUCUACCUCUCACCUAUGUCUGGGUGCACAGGUCCUUCCCAUUUUAAAUAAUUUUACCCUUAACCCAAAGCACAGGGAAGGGGGUGAGUAGAGUAGGGCAGUUAUGUCGUUCUCUGCUUCAUUUUAACAAUACUGUAAACCAAAUUACAAGAAGAGAGCUUGGGUAGUUAGCAUCCAAGAGCAGUGUUGUAAUAUAGAGUUUGUUGAACAUGGUGAGACUGAGAGAUGUGUUAAAGAGUGAAGCAGAAAGGUACACGAAAGGACUGGUGGAUAUUUAGUAACCUCCCAUGUAGAAUACUAGAGCAUAAACUCCAGGCAGUGUAGUUAUAGUGGCUGCCAUUAACAUAGUAAUGUCAUAUUUUUUUUUAAAUCUUUUUAGAAACCGGUUGAAGAUGCAAUAAUAAAUCAUAAUUGAUACUGAAUUAUUAUUUUUAUUAGAUGGAAAUUUUUAUUUUUAAUCGAUUAAAAAAAAUCAUAAUAAAUACAGCAAAAAACAAAUGUGAGGAAGGCUGAACUUGAUGGACGCAAAUCUCUUUUCAGCUAUGUAACUAUGUAACUAUGUAAUUGUAUUACUUUUUAGAUAGAAAACCUUAAUGUUCCCUUAAAAUCUUAAUAUUUUAUUCCCUUACACAGGUAACUGCAACUGACAGUGUCACUAAUGAAUUAGCUACCACGUCAGUCACAGUGGAGAUCACCCCAGGUAGGAUUUCCUGAACAAAUAAUUUAUUCUAUUCUUGAUUUUAAAAAAUGAAAAUAAAUAUUCUUACAACUGAACUCCAUCCAACAGUUGUAAUUCAUAUGUCAAUGCUUUAAAUGGGCAUUCUAGAACCCUAUUGCACUUCAGCUUGAUUAAAAGCUUUAUUUGUGAAGAGUCCUCUUCUUUUCCAUUUUAUAAAAAGUACAAAUUUCAACAGAAAUACUUAAUUUUAUGAAUUAACCUUGCAACCUUGCCACCACACCCCUCUGGUUGUCAAUCAAACAACCAGUCCUUUAACUUCCUGGUUGUUUAGCUCAGUUGAGCAAAAUUCAAAAGGCAGGUACUUGCUCAGAUCACCGUCUUGCAAAGACUUCUCAUUGAGCUGCACUGGAAAGUUUUUGAUUGGACAGACACAGAUAGUCUGGGCUGGGUUAGGAGGGGAGGGCUUGCAAAGGCUGCAGACAAGAGUUCUGCAGCUUUUACAAGCUACUUUAGAUAUACCUUUUGUAAAAUAAAAAAUGCAUAAUUAAAUAUGUGUAUGUUUGGGAAUAUUUGCUUAACAGUGAUUCAUAUUUGGGAAGUGGAGUGUUUUUUAACCAUCAAACUUAUGUUUCUGGGUCAUCAAACGUAUGUUUCAUAUCAUGGAUCAUUAUACAGUAAUAAGAGAUAAUAUCGUGAAUAGAAAAAAAAUACAGAUAGAAAUUUUAUGAAAUACUCAUUUUGAUUGUGUUGGAAUUUCACUGAGAUUUCCAACCAGUCAAGAGAUAUACUGAGACUAAGUAUGGACUACUUUGUCUCUGUAUAUUUCCUCCAUCUGACUUUUUUAGACUCUGGGCAGAAGUACAGUGUCAACCUCGACAGCUGCCACCAGUGUUGGCUGCAGGGAAUUGGCUCUGCCUAUCAUGGUCUCACAGGAUCCUCCAUAGACCUCCACGGUGUACUUUGGCUAAUGAAGAGGAGCCACCGGAACAAGAUGGGAGCAAGAAGUAAAUCUCACCUUUACUUGCCUUCGCCAGGGCAACGGAACCCCAGUGAUAAUGUCACCGUCGGUGGUCUUUGCGAAUUGGGCAAAGUCCCCAGACAGUGACAGUGCUGCUUUCACAGUUAUCAAUUCUAUCCUAAGUUUCACUAUCAAUGAUGUCGAACCUGGAUGUCAAUAACUGACUGAGAUGACUGGGUUAACCAGACCCCAAAGUAUUCAGCCUUUCGUUACAUCAAGGUUGAACUGAAUUGAUAUUGAUCAUGUGGAUCAUGCAUUUCUUUAAGUCAGAAGGUAGCUUAGUGUGAGAUUUCUCAUUUUUAAUGUAACAAAUUGAUCAUAAUUGAUACAAACUAUUUUAGGGGUGCUCUUUAAUUUAAACAAUCUUAAAAUCCUCCCCUUUGCUGUUUUUGGCUUACAACUCCCACAGUAGCAGUACCUGGAAAAGGCCAUAAAAUAGUUUAUACUUUGUUAAUAUUUCUGGACAUCAUCAUUAGUAAAUUGUUUGCUGUUUUAUCUUGAAAUUGCUGUGAGAGGAAAAUACUGAAGUAGAAUUGAUUAUUAAAAUACAUUUGCUUACACUGAUAGGUUCAUUUCUGCACAAUUAGGUUCACUGAUCAACUGAUAAUAAGUAACCAUUAGAGGGAAAACGAGAGGUAGCAAUAAAAAAAUAUAUUUUUAUAUAUUCUAUAUUUAUUAAAUAUAUGAUAUAUAAAUAUAGUUUGAGGGAUUUUUGUUUUUAUUCUUCCUCCUUUUUUUGCAUCCGUUGUUCACUUCUCACUUGAUCUGUGAAUAAAAUCAACAUUUAGUGGCUGUCCUAAAACCAUCAUUUAUCUUGUUUUUUGGCGCCAUGGUUAGAAAUCCGAGUCACAAAUCAAACAAAACGGUUUGUUAAUUGUCGUUUUGUUUGCCUCGUGAUUCAUCCAUAUGGAAGUCUAUUUCAGCGUUACGGAAUAUAAAAGACCCGCCAACUGCCCAAAAUUUGGACAAAUUGCAAUUAGUUUGAAACCAAAAGCACGUGUCUAAUCUUUGGUAUUAUAAAAUUAAUUAUCACAAUGAUGUCUAUAGAAAUAUGUACAGUCAGUGAAACUAUAUAGUACAACAGGAGUAAUAUGCUGCCAUUCCUAAGCAAAGUUGAUACUGCCAGAUAUAAGAUUAUGGAAUACAUUCUUAAAAUCUCUUAAUUUUUAUUUAGGCAUCACCACACCUGCACCAACUACUACUACUCCUAUGAUAAGUACUACUACUGGAACACGCAGUACUACAAGUUCUAUUAUUGGAACAGGCACCACUACAAGUGCCACUCCUGGAACAGGGACAACAAUAAAAACCACUUCUGGAACAGGUACCACUACAAGUACCACUCCUGGAACAGGGACAACAAUAAGAACCACUUCUGGAACAGGUACCACUACAAGUACCACUCCUGGGACAGGAACCACUACACGUACAACUCCGGGAACAGGAACCACUAUAAGUACAACUCCUGGAACAGGGACAACAAUAAAAAACACUCCUGGAACAGGUACCACUGGAAGCACCACUCCUGGAACAGGAACUACAAUAAGAACCACUUCUGGAACAGGAACCACUACAAGUACAACUCCUAGAACAGGAACAACAAUAAAAACCACUUCUGGAACAGGUACCACUACAAGUAUCACUUCUGGAACAGGAACCACUACAAGUACAACUCGUGGAACAGGAACAACAAUAAAACCGACUACUGGAACAGGCACCACUAGAAAUAUUACUCCAGGAAUAGGCACCACUGCUAGUACUACUCGAGGAACAGGCACAACUACAAGUACAACUUCUGGAACAGGCACCACUACACAUACCACUCCUACUACACGUGGAACAGGUUCAACUACAAGUACCACUCCUAGAACAGGAACAACAAUAAGUAUCACUCCUGGAACAGGCACCUCUACAAGUACCACUCCAGGAACAGGCACUACCACAAGUACUACUCCUAGAACAGGCACAACUACAAAUAAAGUUCCUGUAACAGGAGCAGCUUCAAGUACUACUUCUGGCACAGGCACAACAACAAGUACCACUAGAGGAACAGGCACCACAACAACUAUAGCUCUUGGAACAGGCACAACUAGAAGUACAACUCCAGGAACAGGCUCCACCAUAAGUACCACUCCUGGGACAGGCACCACUAAAAGUGUAAUUACUGGAACAGACACAGCUACAAGUGUCAGUACUGGAACAGGUAUGACUGCAAGUACAGCUAACGAAAAAAACAACCCUACAAGCACCCUUACUUACCACUUCUACUACUAAUCCUUUUAUUGGUACCACUGCUAGUACCGUAUCUAGAAGCAGUACCAAUAUAUAUAUAUAUAUAUAUAUAUAUAUAUAUAUACCAUACCUGAAAAAUAGACCAUAAUCAAUAACACCUCUGGGAGAAGCACCAAAUGAAGCCUGGCAUAAUGAUCGCUAUUAGUAUAACAGGCACAUCUUGGCAUUUCUAAUAGCACUGAAACAGGCACCAUUGUGUCUAGUCUAGAAUCCAAUGCAGUUAGGAGAUGAAGGCCUCAUGCUAGUUUGUUGAGAAUCUUUCUUCCUUGCUUUCAAUGGUGGGGAGAAAGAGCAUAGAGGAAGCUUGACCAAUCAGUGGUGGAUGGAUAAGGGAGGCUGGUUCUCCAAUACAAUGGUCUCCUCACUAUCUUACUCACACAGGGCCGGUGCAAGAAUUUUUGGCUACACAGACGAAGAUGAAUUUUUCCGCCCCGCCCUGCCCCCCCUAAUUUUCACCCAAAAAUGCAUCUUCAGCUGUGUGUCUCUUAAUUCCCUCCUUGAAUUUCUUAUCUGCUUUUGUGUUUCUUAUCUAUUCUUUUGAAAGUCUUACCCCCUUUAGUGCAUCUUAUCCCUAUUUUGUCUUACACUCCCUUUAGUAUAUCUUAUUCCCCCCAUUUUUUCCAUCUGUGUGUCUUUCUCCCACCAGCCCCUUUGUGUUUCUCUUUCUCCCCCAGCACCUUUGUGUGUCUUUCUACACCAGACUUUUCAUGUGACUCUUCUCCCCUUCCUCAGCUUCUCUGUGUCUCUUCCCCUCCCCAGCUUCUUUCUGUCUUUCUCUCCCUUUCCCCAUCCCUUCUGUGUGUCUCUUCACCAAGCCCCUUUUCUGCAUCUCUUUCUCCCCUUCCAAAAGCCAUGUCUUUUUCUCCCCUCAGCCACUUUUGUCUAUCCUUUUCUCUCUUUGUCUCAUUAUUCUCCUAGUCCCUCUGAGUGUCUCUUCCCUCCCAGCACAUUUUCUCUUACUCCCCACAGUCGAUCUGUGUCCCCCUAGCUCCUCUGUCUCUUUUACCCCUGCCCCAGCCCCUGUCUGUCUAUUUUGCCCUUCCCCUUUCUGUCUCUUUUGCCCCUACUCCAGCCUCUCUGUAUCUCUUUCUGCGUUCACUCACCACUGGACCACCAGGGAUGAUGUCACCGUGCCGGUCCCCCUCCUCCCAGCUACCACGUGCCUGUCCCCCCUCCCAGGCUAAAGGUCAGAGGGAGGGGGGGAUUUAAUGCCUACUUAGUUUUUUUUUAAUUUCUUUAUUUACCCCCACACACACACACACAUUUAUACACAGCACUCUCACACAUCACACUCUGCACUCUCACACAUCACACUCAGCACUCUCACACACAUCAUACACAGCACUCUCACACACAUCAUACACAGCACUCUCACAUUCAGCACUCUCACACACAUCAUACACAGCACUCUCACAAUCUGCACUCUCACACACAUCACACUCUGCACUCUCACACACAUCACACUCUGCACUCUCAUACAUAACACACACAGCACUAUUUUACACACAACAAACACAGCACUGUCACACACAACACUCUCACACAGCACUCUCACACUCAUACACAGCACUAUCACACACAACACUCUCACACACAGCACUCAGCACUCUCACACAUCACUCUCAAACACAUAACACUCAGCACUCACACUCAGCACUCACAACACUCUCACACACAUCAUACACAGCACCCACACACACAGCACCCUCACACAAAUCAAUCACAUACAGCACCCACACAUACAGCACCCUCACACACACAACACCCUCACACAGCACCCACACCUCACACACAGGAUCCAUCACACACACAUACUGCACCCCUCACAUACACACACAACCCCCCGAUACACUGCAUCACACACAUACACAAUACUUCCAAACAUAUUUAUAUAAUAUAUAUACACAUAUAAAUAUACACACAGCACCCCUCACACACACACACACACAGCACCCCUAAACACAUUUCAUUCCAGACACACACUAGAUCCUCUACCCAACUCUGGAUCAUCUACACACAUACACACACUAGAUCCCUAUAUACACUCUGAAUCCAUUAUAUACGCAUGCUCACUAGAUCUCCUAUACAUAUUCUGGGUCCUUCAAAAAACACACAUACACUCUGGAUCCCCUAUACGCACACUAGAUUCCUUGUAAGCAAACACAUACUACAUUCCCUGAACACACACUCUCUACAAACACUACAUCACCUACACACACACACACUAUAGCCUGUAUACACACACUUGCUACAUCCCCUAAACACACAUUCUCUAAAGCCCCAGCCACAUAUGCAUUACAUUACACCACAAACACAACACGACUAAAACCGACCUUAUUACACAAUACCACACCACGACCAGCUCACUCUGCACACACGCAAUACCCCAAGCAGGCUCCAAACACAUUUACAAUACUCUUUCCUGGCCCUUUUGUCUUCUGGUAUCCAUUUAUAGAGACACCAGAGACAAGUUGCAAGGAAACACAGUGCAAGCAUGUUAUUGAAUUUGCUUGCACUGUGCAGAACAAAUACAGGGCUUUUUUCUUGCAUGGUCUGCCCUGGAAGAGCAUUGAACCAACAUGCUCACUUUGAGAGGGGGCGUGUUUGUCAUGAGUGAUGACAAAACACACCCUCUCUGCCCCGCCCCCUUCUUAGUGGGCAGCUGUGAUAAAAAAAUGCCCGGGCCGAAUUUUUUUCCCAGUCCGGCCCUGACUAUUUACACUAGUGUUACUUCCCCCAAGGGCAAACACCAUUUAUACUACUCAUGAGAGAGACAUAACCCAUGUGAUAGGCAUUACCAAACGAUGAUAUAUAGUUGGUACUCCCUAAAUUCUGCAUAUGUGACUUCUGAUCAGGAAGACAUAUGACCAGGUUUAACAUACUCAUAAUGUUCUCUGUUUAAAAAAACUAUUCUAAAAUUGAAAUAUAGGUAUUUUAGUUAAUUAAUUUCAUUCAUAAAGAAAAACAUUUCUCCCUCGUGUUUACCACUCCAUCCGCCAGCCCAGAGUGUGCCCAUGGAUUCUGAGCCAGUAAUACACUGAACAAAAUUAUAAACGCAACACUUUUGUUUUUGCCCCCAUUCUUCAUGAACAGAACUCAAAGAUCUAAGACUUUUUCUAUGUACACAAAAGGCCCAUUUCUCUCAGAUAUUUUCACAAAUCUGUCUAAAUCUGUGUUAGUGAGCACUUCUCCUUUGCCUAGUUAAUCCGUUCACCUCACAGGUGUGGCAUAUCAAAAUCCUGAUUAGACAGCAUGAUUAUUGCACAUGUGUGCCUUAGGCUGGUCACAAUAAAAGGCCACUUAAUAUUAAAGGAGCACUAUAGUGCCAGGAAAACAAACUCGUUUUCCUGGCACUAUAGGGUCAUUAGGUCUCCCCCACCCUCAGGGCCCCCCUCCCGCUGGGCUGAAGGGGUUAAACUGUUUAAGAACAGUUUGACAACAUACCUGGGGUCUGCUGGGAUUUGAGGCUGUAGUAGGGCAUAGGAGCAGUGGUGUGUGUGAGUGGGGGAGUGUGUGUGAAAGGUUCAGUGUGUGUGGGGGGGGUGUAGUGAGUGAAUGUGUAGGGUGUGUGGGGCAAUGUGUGUAUGGGGGCAGUGUAUGUGUGUAUGUGGGGCUGUGUAUGGGUGUGUGUUGGCAGUGUAUGUGUGUGUGGGGCAAUGUGUGUAUGGGGGAAGUGUGUGAAUGUGUAUGGUGUGUGCGUGGGAGCAGUGUAUGUGUGUGUGGGGCAAUGUGUGUAGGCAAUGUGAGUAUGGGGAGCAGUGUAUGUGUAGGGGGCAGUCUGUGUGUGGGGCAAUGUGUGUAUGUGUAUACAUCACAAUAUUGCUAUAAACAGCUGUAAAGUGCCAACGUGCUGGACCUCUGUGCAUUUGUUUCUACACGUUGAAAGCAUUAAGGUCAAGUUCUACAUGUCUUAGGUAUCUAUUUUCCAAAAAUGCAACAGUUAUAACAGUAGGAAAAGUCAUAUACACCUCUUACAACUGCAUUUACACAUAAAUAUGUCUAUAACAAAAACUAUAAUGAUAGAUGUCUAGUAACAACUAGCAGCCGAUCUAAAACAAGGCAAAGAUAGACACCAAGGACUGAAGACAACAUAUACCUAGGCAAUAGAGCCACAUGCCAUUAAAUGAAUUUCUAUUGCCUAAAUGUCUUGACUUCGACAGAAUGUUUGCAGGAGCCAAUGACAGGAUGCACUAUUAAUUUCCUUGGAACUUUGGAACCAAUGUCAAUACAGCCCAUUAGUAACUAAACACGUAACAAGAACAAAAAGUAAUCCGCUGUUACCUAAUGAUGGGUGCAGAGGGAAACCCCAUGCUUGAACUCUUAUAUAGGGAACAAGAGUCUUUAUUUUGGUUUUUAGAUUUUAUCAAGGACAAUCAAGGUCUAAAACAUCUAUUGUUGUUGGAUUUCUGACGUUACAAUUCCCAAUGGAGAUGAUCUCUCCUGGAAGCUCAUUGUUAGUGAAACCCUGAGAACAUCUUAUUGAAUACGGUUUGAAGCUUAACACAAAUAUAGUUUGCUAGCCGAGUGCCCAUCGUACGUGUGGCUUUUCCUUUGUGACUGAGUCGUAGCAGUUUGGAAUCAUCUUGCGUACUACAUGUCUUUUGAUCAAGUUAAAACAUUCCCUUAUAUCUGUAAGCAUAUCUGGACAAGUAUGGUGGUGCCUGUUCCUGGGGUGAUACAGAAAGAGAGGUAUGUCCCUAAAAAAAGAUUUAAAAUUCAAAUAUUUAUUAUUUAUAUGCUAAUAAGAAAAUAAACAAAAAGUAACCAGAACACGUGAAAAUAAUAAAGUGAACCUAGGUCUAAAUGGUAAUAGGAGAGAGAAAAAAAAAGGGGAAAAAUAACAUAGCACAGACAUACACUGGGUAAAGAUUAGCUUGGCGGCUAAUUGAGUGUCUAAAAGUGCUAGAGAUACAAAUGUAACAAAGGAUCAAAAGCGCAUCACACUUUUAUGACCCUACCUACCUACCCUGACAUACAAGUAUAUUCUCCUUGAGUCUCCAGCAAGACGCUUGAUAAUUUAGGUUACGAGGGUCAUUUUCCCGGACUUUUGGUUCUUUCUUAGAGACAGGCAGCUAGAUAGCUAUUUCUAACAGAUAGGUGCUCUCGAAGGCACAGAUAGACUUACCUCCGCCCUAGAACUUUUGCGUUCUCAGUCUGAGGCAGCUAGCUAGAUAUUUGACUUUGGAUAGGUGCCCUCGAAGGCACAGUCAGACUUACCUCCUCUUUAGAACCUUCCGAUAUCUGACACGGGUGUCAGCCGGCACCCUAUCAGCCGAGAUUACCAGGCAGUGAGCUUUCUAGUUUUUUGUGACAUAUAUAGGUCUAUAUAGGUGCCCCUGAAAGCACCUUCUUCUUAUUAGUCACUCUCCUGCUGGUACCGCCAGAUUAAAUUACUUGGCAGUAAAACAGUCAUUGUUAUAUUACUACACCUGAUUGUUCGUGAUAUUUUCUCUUUUUACUUACCUGAUCCUGCAGCCAUAAUCUUUUUUUUUUCUGGCUUUUUAAUCUGGUUUAAUCAAUGUGUCUAUGCUUGCAUUUGAUACUACACUAAGUGUAUACUCGGUGGAAAGAACCCUAUGAGACACUAUUUAUAGGCUAUAUCAUAUGACUUAUAUCAACGGCUAGGCUACAGUGUUUCCCUCUACCAGCUUUUGAUCCUUUGUAACAUUUGUAUCUCUAGCACUAUUAGACACUCGAUUAGCCCCCAAGCUAAUCUUUACCCAGUGUAUAUCCGUGCUAUGUUAUUUUUCCCUUUUUUUCCCUACUAUUUAGACCUAGGUUCACUUUAUUAUUUUCACGUGUGCUGGUUACUUUUUGUUUAUUUUCUUUUUAGCAUAUAAAUAAUAAAUAUUUGAAUUUUAAAUCUUUUUCCAUGGACAUACCUCUCCUUUUUUAUCUAAUUAUUAUCUAACCAAGGGUUAUCCCCUUAUAUGUCCUUACUCUACCAUAUUUGGAUAAUUGUUUGGCUUCAUCUCUAUUAGUCUGUUCCUGGGGUUGUUCUUUUUUUGCCGCCUUUUCUGAAAAAAAAAAAAAAAACUAAUUGGCCAUGUAAUUGGACCCAUGCAAUUAUGUUAGCACCUUAAAGUAGAGAUAAACUUAAAUUAAAUAUAUAUUUGGUGGAAAUUCCAGUGGUACUUCUGUUGCUGCCUCUCCUCAAUACAUAUUUUUUUUGGCACAUCACUUUGUCUCCGGGACCACUAAAUCACCACCAACUUAUAUUGCUAUUUUCUUAGCUACAUUCUUAUAUAUGUAUUAAUAUCUUAGUCCCUUGCGCUUUGAAUCCUAUCUAAAUAAAUCCUUUAAAAUGGCGUGAAAAUAUAUAUUUAAAAUAUCUAUACCAUCAAAUGUAUCCUCUUGCUUAAGAAAAAAAAAAAAGAGUGGAUUGUAGUGCCUCUCAUCACUAUAGCACCAUGGGAGGAUCAGAUCCGUAUUAUUAUUUUCAGGUAUUUACCUGCAUUUACUGGCUGAUGACCAUCCUUCUGUGUAAAUGAGAGAUGUCAGAGUUGGGUUCCAACGCACACUAUAGAUCUGACCCUCCCUAGGCGCUAUAGGGUUGAGUGGCACUAUAAUCCACUGUUUUUGCUUUCUAAAGCAAGUGAAUACACUUUAUUGUAUAAGUAUGUUUAAUAUAUAUUUGCGCACCAUUUUAAAGAAUUUAUCUAUUUGGGUUUUUUUGUAACAAUAAUUAAAAGGUUGCUGCACUUGUUAAAUUAACUCUUUGUUAAACUAUUUCUUUCAUGUUAAUAUUUAUAUUAACUAUUUUAAUAUUGAUUGCAUUUUAAAAUUGCACCGGAACCUUAUCUUUAUUUUUAUCUCUGAUUUCUAUCUCUUUGUAACAUUUGUAUCUCUAGCACUAUUACACACUCGAUUAUCCCCCAAGCUAAUCUUUACCCAGUGUAUAUCCGUGCUAUGUUAUUUUUCCCUUUUUUUUCCUACUAUUUAGACCUAGGUUCACUUUAUUAUUUUCACGUGUGCUUGUUACUUUUUGUUUAUUUUCUUUUUAGCAUAUAAAUAAUAAAUAUUUGAAUUUGAAAUUUUUUUCCAGGGACAUACCUCUCUUUUUCUAUCUAAUUAUUAUCUAACCAAGGGUUAUCCCCUUAUAUGUCCUUACUCUACCAUAUUUGGAUAAUUGUUUGGCUUCAUCUCUAUUAGUCUGUUCCUGGGGUGGUUCUUUUUUUGCCGCCUUUUCUGAAAGAAAAAAAAAAAAAAAAACUAAUUGGCCAUGUAAUUGGACCCAUGCAAUUAUGUUAGCACCUUAAAGUAGAGAUAAACUUAAAUUAAAUAUAUAUUUGAUGGCAAUUCCAGUGGUACUUCUGUUGCUGCCUCUCCUCAGUACAUGUUUUUUUUGCACAUCACUUUGUCUCCGGGACCACUAAAUCACCACCAACUUAUAUUGCUAUUUUCUUAGCUACAUUCUUAUAUAUGUAUUAAUAUCUUAGUCCCUUGCACUUUGAAUCCUAUCUAAAUAAAUCCUUUAAAAUGGCGUGAAAAUAUAUAUUUAAAAUAGCUAUACCAUCAAAUGUAUCCUCUUGCUUUAGAAAAAAAAAAGAGUGGAUUGUAGUGCCUCUCAACACUAUAGCACCACGGGAGGAUCAGAUCCGUAUUAUUAUUUUCAGGUAUUUACCUGCAUUUACUGGCCGAUGACCAUCCUUCUGUGUAAAUGAGAGAUGUCAGAGUUGGGUUCCAACGUACACUAUAGAUCUGACCCUCCCUAGGCACUAUAGUGUUGAGUGGCACUAUAAUCCACUGUGAAUACAAGUGAAUACACUUUAUUGUAUAAGUAUGUUUAAUAUAUAUUUGCGCACCAUUUUAAAGAAUUUAUCUAUUUGGUUUUUUUUGUAACAAUAAUGAAAAGGUUGCUGCACUAGUUAAAUCAACUCUUUGUUAAACUAUUUCUUGCAUGUUAAUAUUUAGAUUAACUAUUUUAAUAUUGAUUGCAUUUUAAAAUUGCACUGGAACCUUAUCAUAAUUUUUAUCUCUGAUUUCUAUCUCUUUAUGUCUGUGCUAAUCAUUAGGUAUUGCUUGUUUAACCCCUUAAGGACCAAACUUCUGGAAUAAAAGGGAAUCAUGACAUGUCACACAUGUCAUGUUUCCUAAAGGGGUUAAUCAUGUUCUAACAACCACAUUUUAUUUUCAGGUGAUGGCUCUAAUAUAAUUUUUAAAGGCUACUCAUCCUCGGAUAUGGCCGCCGUUGGUGCAUCCCUCGGUGCAAUCCUUGCUCUGUGCUUGGUUGGUCUGGGAUUCUUGCUGUACAAGCAAUAUGGAGAUAAAAUAAGAGCCAGACUGGGAAAACAGCAAGGAAAUGUAAGUGCUUCCUGACGUACCACCAUGGAUUUAAACAAAAUGUGUAAGAGAAAAUCUUAUCUAGAAGUCCGGUACUCUUUGAAUUAGAUAAACAGACAGAUGUACAAAUAAAGCAAACAUGACCAUCUGAAAGAUAACAAAAUAUAUCAAGACAAGUAAAUGACAGAUAUUCCUUCCAAAAAAAACCCAUACGGUUUCUCAAAGUAUUCUAUUUGUUUUAAAUGUUUAUCCCCAAUGAAUUUCAUAGAUCCACUUCUUAAACAUUUUGGAGAGUACUGGAAAUACUUUGUCAUUGGAAAAAUGAAAAAAGGAACUGAAUAAGAUAGAUAUAAUUAUUUUAGAGAGAAGCAUUUGCUAAAUUAUUAACUAAAGUGAGAAUUCAAAGUAAAUUCCAAAUGUCAAAUUACCUAAGUCAUCUAUGCUUCUUGUCCAGUUACUCUGACCUUAACCCCUUAAGGACCAAACUUCUGGAAUAAAAGGGAAUCAUGACAUGUCACACAUGUCAUGUGUCCUUAAGGGGUUAAAGGGACACUAUAGUCACCAGAACAACUACAGCUUAUUGAAUUUGUUCUGGUGAGUAGAAUUAUUACAUUCAGGCUUUUUGCUGCAAACACUGUCUUUUCAGAGAAAAUGCAGUGUUUACAUUACAGCCUAGUGGUAACUUCACAGGCCACUCCUCAGGUGGCUGUUAGAGAUCCUUCCUGGGUCAUGGCUGCCUAAAAUGCAUCCAAACAUUCAGAUUCAUUCAUUCAAUUCAUCUAUAUGAGGAGAUGCUGAUUGGCCAAGGCUGUGUUUGAAUUGUGCUGACUCUGCCCCUGAUCUGCCUCUUUGUCAGUGUAAACCAUUCCUAUGGGGAAGCAUUGUGAUUGGAUCAGGCUACCACUUCUGCUGAUGUCAGCAGGCAGUGGGCAUGUCUAAAGGAAACAGGGACAGAGUAAGCAGCUGCAGACUUGAAUACAAGUAAGAUUUUACUAUAUUUAGGGAGGCAUGAGGGGACCAGGGUGGCUGGAUGGUGGUUUUAACCCUAUAGGGUCAGGAAUACAUGUUUGUGUUCCUGACCCUAUAAUGCUCCUUUAAAUUUGAUAUUCACAUUGAAUACACUUUGAAUUCUCAUUUUAGUGAAUAAUGUAAAGGGAGGGUCCGUCCAUAGGUCCCCAAUAAGACCAUGGCUCCAGGCGGCACUUUGACAGGGACGGCAAAAGGAACCACAAAAAUAGAGUUAUAUGCAUGGAAAUAAACCAGUAAACAUGAAGUAUGUUAGCAUGGGGAGGUGGGAAAUAGGAGGCAAGGUUAAUAUGCAAAAUGCUGCAAAAUAUGCUUUGCUUUUUGUAAAAACUAAACAAAAGUGGGUAUACAAAAAUACAGUUACUUGUUUAGGACAAUAGCUAAAAAUGUGUAAACGCUGUGUUGGGUGCUGCCUGGAGUUUCCUUUUUAAAAGUAGAAGAUUAGUAAGAUACUUUACCAUGCCUUAAUAUUCUGCUCACUGCCCAGAGUAUAUUUUUUGAGUAACUUAUUAAUAACUUGUAAAGCAUUUACUUUUUCUAUGUGGCUUUAAAAAAAAAAAAAAAUAUAUAUAUAUAUAUAUAUAUAUAUAUAUAACACACUAUUUGAUUAGAUUAAUAUUUGAGCAUUGUCUCACAAUUAUUUUCUGUUUUGUGAAUGACAUAUCAUUUUUUUACUUCUCGUUCAAGGAUUAUGACUCUUUUGAUGGAGGAACACGACCAAUCACAGAUGAAGAGUCAGGAGAUAUCUCUGGCCAAGACCUAGUGAUAGAAAACUCUACCGAUUUCGAUGACAACAUUUCCCCUUUUAAUGUGAAUUUUAGUAUUGACAAUGAUGUUCUAGCAGAGCCUUUGACAGAAACUAACCUUUUCGCAGCAGCAGCAGUGGCCACCACCUUCCUACCAUCAGAGAAUCCCACAGAUAUUCAGGGACCUGAAAGAUUAACUGAUGAUAGCGAUUCAGAAGAUACAAAGGGUGUGAAGUCUAUCCUGACUAAAGAGCACAAGGCCGACCCCAGUUACAAAGCUGUGUGGUUUAUGGAAGGAGCUGAGCCCGAAGUUGUUGUUAUUGAAGGAGUUGAAGAAGGGGAGGCUGAUGAAUAUGAUGCAGCGGAAGAGUUUAGCAAUAACCAACAAGAGGAAGAUGAAGAUGAUGAAACUAUACCUACGUUCCAAAAUAUUCCCGAUAACAUGAAUGACUUCACUGUGCUCUAACUUACCAUUUUUAUUUAAUUGAGUAAUUAAGGUGUAUGUUUUUCUUCAUUUUUCUUUCUUUUUUCUUUUUUGUUUUUGUUUUUUUUGUUUUUGCUUUUACUGAUAAAACAGUUCCAUGGGUACCACUGCUGAAUUGUUCUUUAUUAGACUGUUCUGAGUACUGGGUUGUAGGUGCAAUCCAUAUUCAGUAGCGUAAAUUAUUUUUUGUUAUCAAUCUAGUUAACAUGCAGCUAUUGAAAAC